AUGGCGCCGAACACUACGUACGAAGAUGGGAACAAAUCCCUCAUCCCAAUUGCCAUCUGCGGCGUUGGCAUCCGGCUUCCUGGUGGCAUUCGCAAUGCCGAGCAACUCUGGGAGUCCCUCGUCAACGACCGUGUUCAGCCGCGUGUGGAUGGCAAUGAAGAGGAAGAACUAGACGCUGUUGAUGCUUCGUUCUUCUCCUUGACCGAGGCAGAGCUCGAGAGCUGCAGCCCUCUGCAGCGGAAGCUCUUGGAGGUGACUCGUGAGUGUUUUGAGGAUGCGUGCGAGAUCGACUUCCGGGGCGAGGAUGCUCGUGUGGGCUGCUAUGCCGGUAGUAUUGGAGAGGACGAUGUGUCGAUGGUGUCACUGAAGCAUGAUUUGGGAGGCCCGAGCAUGGCGAUUAGAGAGUCGACGUCGUCAUUUCUCGUGGCUCUGCAUGAGGCUUGCUCCGCUGUUCGAUCUGGCAGUGCCAAAUCUGCAGUUGUUCUGGGAGCUGCCCAGAAUGGCGCUGUGGGAGGCGAGGCCGUGUCAGCUGUAUAUAUCAAGACACUGCCUGAUGCCAUGCGCAGAGGCAACCCAAUUCGCGCCAUCAUUCGAGCUUCUAGCAUUAUGACGCUCAGUGGCCGAAUUGAGGGUGCGUCGGGCUUGACGAGCUUGGUCAAGGCCGUGGUAACAUUGGAGAACCGGACAAUCUCUCCGAAUAUUGUAUCUGGUAAGUUUCAUGCUGCUCAAGUCCGCCGAAAAGUCAGGCCCAAGUCUCUAACAGCCAGCAUCAUUGCCUCUGACGCUGAGGGACACAGCGCUCAUGUUAUCGUCGACUCUCACCCCCGGCCUACUCCGCGAGUAUCUGAGUCCCGGCCGCAACUUGUUCUGUUCUCUGCGAACAACCCAGCUUCUUUGGCUAAGCAGAUCGAGCUGCACCGCCUGUAUGCUGAAUCUCACCCAGACGAUGCUGCCGACAUCGCCUAUACUCGCGCUCUCCGACGCGAGGCUCUGGACUACAAGGCAUUCUCCAUCCUUUCGAACUCAUCCUUCGUCAACACUUCCAACUACGCCAAGUCUUCCGCGCGGGCUCCGGCCAUCACCAUGGUGUUCAACGGCCAGGGUGCUCAGUGGGCGGGAAUGGGCAAGGAGCUCAUCUUGACCGACUCAAGCUUCAGGGAAGACAUCAGGAAGAUGGAUCUGGUUCUGAAGGGACUGAACAUACCCGCAACCUGGUCGAUUGAAGAGGAGCUUCUCCGUGAUGCUGCCGACCCCGACAACAGGAUCAACACCUCAAAGUUCUCCUACCCUCUCAGCACGGCGCUUCAGAUUGCCCUGGUCAACUGUUUCAAACGCCUUGGUGUUACGCCCAAGGCCGUCGUUGGUCACUCCAGUGGUGAGAUUGCUGCUGCCUAUGCUGCGGGCUUUCUCUCUUUCGAAGACGCCAUCACAGUCGCUUACUACUACGGCCAUAUUACUACCAGGGACCAGAAGGACGGUGCCAUGGGCGUGGUAAGCUUAGGUGCAGAGGAAACGGAGGGGUUUCUCGAGCAGGGCGUGGUCAUUGCUUGUGAGAACUCACCCACUAGCACCACCAUUUCCGGCGACCGUGAGGCGGUUGAGCGAGUCUUGAAGUUUGUCAAGGCAGCAAAGCCUGAGGUGACUGCUCGUCUGCUGAAGGUUGAUACUGCGUAUCACUCUGAACACAUGACUCAGCUUGCCGAUGAGCUGCUUGACCUUUUGACGGCGGAGAAGAUUGCUUCGCAUGCAACCAGGAAGAGCGAGGCCAUCUUUAUUUCUACCGUCAGCGAGAAGGUUCUGAAGGAGAAGAGCGAGUUUGGAGCAGCGUACUGGGUCUCCAACCUGGUGUCACCUGUCCGCUUCAGCUCGUCCGUCUCCAACCUCCUCGGCAUGUCAUCUGAGGAAACUCUGUUCCUGGAAGUUGGACCUCAUUCUGCCCUCUCCGUGCCUCUGUCCCAGAUCUGUGCCGCUGCAGAUGUCCGAUGCAAUUAUGUCUCGUCCCAAACUCGUGGGGCUGAUAGUGCAGUGAGCUUUCUCUCUGCUGUUGGAAGGCUGUGGCAGGAGUCGGCUGUGCCGAAUCUCGCCCCUUUGUUCUCCCACGGCAGGGCAAUUUCUGGGUUACCUCAGUAUCCCUGGAGUUACGGAACCUCUGAUGAGGACUCCGAUGCUACUGCUCUAUCUGCCCGUGAGAAGCGGGCUCGUGUCUUUGCAGAGGACAGCUCUCUGGAGAGCGAGCUCGCCGACGAAGAGGCUCCUACCACUGAGGUGGAGAUUGUUCUUCGAGCUGUCUGGGUUGAGAUCCUCCGGGAUGUGAACCGAAUCCGUAAGCAGGACAUUGGAAAGAAGCACAACUUCUUCCUGCUUGGCGGCGACUCUCUCACAACCAUCGAGCUUGUUACUGCUGCUUAUCAAUACGGCAUUCGUCUGAGUCCGGCAGCCGUAUCGGACAACGCUGAGCUUGCCCAGAUGGCAGCUGUGGCAACCAUCGAACACGACAGCGCAAUGAUGGCUGAGACAAAGCCCUUCAGCUUGAUUAGCAGUGAAAAGGUUGAUGAUAUCAAGCACCAGAUCCGGAAGGAGUGCAAGCUUGCCCCUACCGAGACUAUUGAGGAUAUCUAUCCUUGCACGACUCUCCAGGAAGGUUUCAUGGCCCUGGGUAUGAAGCAGCCUGGCUCUUACAUCCACAGAGUCGUGUACAAGCUGAUGCCAGAAAUUGAUGUUGAUCAAUUCAAGGCUUCCUGGGAGGCCACCAUCAGCCAAUGCGGAAGCUUGCGUUCGCGAGUAGCCCUUCUCGGCGGUCGAGCUCUCCAAGCUGUGAUGACGGAAGAUAUUGCUUGGGAGCAGCCUGCUCCAGGCCUGGACAUCAACGCUUAUCUCAACCGAACGCGAAGCAUCAGCAUGAGCUACGGCGAGCGCCUGAGCAGACAUGCCCUGGUACGAGACAGCAAUGGCGGCGUCUACUUUGUGUGGCUCAUUCACCACGCCGUGUUUGACGGUCUCACCAUGCGAAUCGUCCUGGACGCCCUCUACAACGCUUAUCAUGGCAAUGACGCCAAAGCCUUGCGUCCGUACUCCAACUUUAUCCGCUAUGUCGAAUCCAUUGAUUCCGCCGCGUCUACCGAGUACUGGCAAAAGCAGCUUGAUGGUGCUCAGCGCGCUCACUUCCCGCCCGCGAGACUGUCUGCCACAUCUGAAGACCGAGUCAUGAAGAGGACUAUGCCUUUCCAUAACGCGAAGACCUCUUCCGUGACCACCGCUACGAUUCUUCGUGCGGCUUGGGCUCUCCUUCUUGCGCGCUACUGCGACUCUGAUGAUGUGUGCUUUGGUACUACACUGUCGGGUCGUCAGGCUGCGGUGCCCGGAUUGAACGAGAUUCCAGGACCCAUGAUUGCGACUGUGCCUAUCCGAGUCAAGAUUGAUCGUGGCAUGACUGUGUCCUCUUUCCUCGAGAAGAUUCAGACACAAGCGGCAGACAUGGUGGCCCAUGAGCAGUACGGUCUUCAGAACAUCUCGAAACUGUCCCAGGACGCCGAGGAGGCAUGCGACUUUUCCAACCUCAUCGUCAUUCAGCCAAACAACCAUCUGACGUCCAUGGCUGAUACUGCUUCUGAUGCCAUCUUGCAGCAGGGAUCCCGCGAAAAGGCUCUCUCGGAAGAGGCUAUGCGCAAUUACUUCAACUAUCCCCUCGUUUUGCAGCCUCGCAUUGGCGAGGACAGCAUCGAGCUGGACUUGACGUAUUACGCUGAUGCCAUCACUGAGGGCCAGCUUGAGGCUCUGUGUGUUCACUACGAGCACAUUGUUCAGCAAUUGCUUGCUCCGACGGACAUGCCCCUCAGUGACCUUUCGGUAUCUGGCUCGUGGGACCUGGAAGAGGCGAUCAAGGCCAACGACGAAACACCAGAGAUUGUCGACAUGUGUCUUCAUCAGCUUAUUGAGAGACAGUCGAAGGCAAACCCCGAUGCCCCUGCUAUUCAUGCCUGGGAUAUGGAGCUGUCUUACUCGCAACUCGAUCGUGCUGCCAACCGCCUCGCUCAUCAUCUCGUCAAGUCCUGUGGCGUCAAGGAUCAGGACUUCGUCCACGUCUGCUUUGAGAAAUCGGCCUGGUUUUUCGUGUCUGUUAUUGCUGUCAAUAAGGCUGGUGCUACCUGGGUUCCCUUGGAUCCCUCGCACCCGCUGCAGAGGCAGCAACAGGUUGUCUCGCAGACAAAGGCGACGCUGGCCUUGGCUUCCCCUAGCAAUGUCGAGAUGUGUUCUGAGUUGGUCAAUACCGUCGUUGAGGUGUCUUCAGCCCUGGAUGAGAAGCUAUCUAAGACCGAAGAGAGCUCUUACGGACCAGUACGCAAUGUGUCACCAGAUAAUGCAGCCUAUGUUCUGUUUACUUCUGGAAGUACUGGAACGCCAAAGGGUCUGGUCAUGCAGCACAGGGCUGUCUGCACCUCGCAGACCGCUAUUACCAAGCGCCUGGAAAUGACCUCUAGCGUAAGGAUGCUUCAAUUUGCAUCCUUUGUCUUCGAUCUCUCUAUCGGUGAGAUUGUUGGUCCCUGGGUGGUUGGCGGCUGUCUCUGCGUUCCGUCUGAGGAAACGAGGAUGAACAACCUGGUGGACUUCAUCAACACGAUGCAAGUCAACUGGGCCUAUCUGACGCCCUCGUUUACGCGCACUUUGAACCCUGACGACGUUCCAGGCUUGGAUUUGCUGUUGUUUGCUGGCGAGGCUGUUGGCCGAGAUGUGUUUGAAGCUUGGUUUGGCAAGGUGCGGCUGAUCAAUGGUUGGGGCCCUGCCGAAACUUGUGUCUUCUCAACCCUCCACGAGUGGAAGAGCUUCGAGGAAUCUCCGUUGACGGUCGGUAAGCCGGUUGGCGGAUACUGCUGGAUUGUUGAUCCGCAUGAUCCGCAGCGAUUAGCCCCUGUCGGAACCCUUGGAGAAGUUGUCAUCCAGGGGCCGACGGUUCUUCGCGAGUAUCUGGCUGAUACUACCAAGACUGAGGCCUCGCUGGUGCGUAGCCUCCCCGAGUGGGUGCCAAACCGUACAGCUGCGCACUGGGAUCGAUUUUACAAGUCGGGUGACCUGUGUCGGUACAAUGCGGACGGCACCAUUGAGUUUGGAUCUCGUAAGGAUAGCCAGGUUAAGAUUCGAGGCCUUCGUGUCGAGCUUGGAGAAAUCGAGCAUCAUAUCCGCGAGUCUCUGGAAGGCGUCAAGCAGGUCGCUGUUGAUGUGGCAAAGGGAGAUGGUGGCGCGAUCAUCGUGUCCUACUUCUCCUUUACCGACGAAACCCGCACUGCUGGCAAGAACUCCGAGACGAGCGUCAGAGAUGUGUUCGUCCCGAUGACUCCUGAGCUCCAGAGUCAACUGACAGCCUUGGUUGGCCAGCUGAGCGUUACACUUCCUCGAUACAUGAUCCCGACGCUAUUUAUCCCCUGCCACUACAUGCCCUUUAUCACUUCGACAAAGUUGGAUAUGAAGCUCCUGCGACUGGCAAUGUCCAAUCUUGGUAAGGACGACAUUGCGAGGUAUUCCCUUGUGGAUAGCAAGAAGCGUGCUCCGGAAACGGAGAUGGAGACUCGUAUCCAGGCGAUCUGGGCGGAUCUCCUGAAGCUGUCGCCCGAGUUCAUCGGUCGAGAUGAUAGCUUUUUGAGAAUGGGCGGUGACUCUAUUGCUGCCAUCUAUUUUGUGUCUGCGGCUCGCGAUGCCGGUAUUUCCAUCGCUGUGAAGGACGUUUUCGACGACCCCCGAUUGUUCCAGGUGGCCUCCAAGGCUACCCUCCUCUCCAACGCGGGCCGUUCUUCUCAGACUGAGCCCUUUACCCUGCUUCCAGAAUCGUUGAGCAAACUCAUGCAAAGCGAUGCUAUUCGAUCUCGCUACGGCCUGGGACAGCGCCAGACGAUCGAGGACGCCUAUCCUUGCACCCCCCUCCAGGAAGGUCUCAUGGCCCUGACUGCCAAGCAACGCGGCUCAUACGUCUCGCAAUGGUUCUACCGAAUGCCUAGACAUAUCGAUACCGCCAAGUUCAAGGCUGCUUGGAACGAGGCCGUUGAGCGAAAUGCCACUCUGAGGACUCGUAUCAUGCUGGAGGAAGGUUCUGCAGUGCAAGCUGUCAUUUCGAAUGACGGCGAUUGGGAAGACACUGAGGGACUCAACCUUGAGUCCUUCAAAGACGUAAUCUCUCAGCUGGACAUUGGCUAUGGAACUCGUCUGACCAGAUUUGCUCUUGUUGAGGACCAUGAUGACACUUACUUUGUCUGGAUCAUCCACCAUGCUAUCAACGACGGCUGGAGCAUGCGCAUCGUCCUCGAUAGCGUUUACAACAGCUACUACGGUCAGAAGGUCGCCUCCCUGACGCCUUACUCCAACUUCAUCAACUACCUGAGUAAUAUAGAUGGCGAGGCAGCGGCAAACUUCUGGCGAUCGAACCUGGCUGGUGCUCAACGGCCUAUCUAUCCUGCUGCUGGCAGCUACUCAACUGCUGACAGCUCUGGAGACUCAACCCGUGUUGUCGAUCGCUUGGUGUCCUUUUCCAGCCAUGAAGACGCCUCCAUUACCAUGGCCACUAUUAUUCGAGCGGCCUGGGCAAUUGUGCUUGGCAAGCAUUGUGACGCCAGCGAUGUCUGCUAUGGCGCGACGGUUUCUGGUCGCCAGGCUGAUAUGGACGGCCUCUUGUCAACUCCCGGUGCUGUCAUUGCCACCGUCCCAAUCCGAGUCCCUUUGGAAGCUGAUCAGCCUGUGAGCCAGAUGCUGCAGGACUUGCAGGGUCACGGUCUGGAUAUGGUUCCCUAUGAGCAGUAUGGUCUGCCCAACAUCGCCAAACUGAGCCCGGAGGCCCGCGAGGCUUGUGACUUUACCUCCCUGCUGGUAAUUCAGCCCAAGGAACAGGAGAGCUCCAUCUUCAACUCCAAAAAUGGUCUGCUGCAGUCGGAUGCUGAAGAAGAUCACCUGUUGAUUGAGUCUAUGGACAAGUACUUCAACUAUCCAUUGGUCAUGCUCAGCUACAUGACAGAAGACAGCGUGAAUCAGAGGUUUAUAUAUAAGCCUGACAUGCUGUCCGAGGCUGAAGUCGAGGCCCUCUCUUAUCAGUUUGAAUACGUCGUCCAGCAGCUUCUGAGUCCUGACCAAAAGCUUAUCAGCGACAUCUCUCUUGUUGGAGAGCCCACGAGUCUCCAAGCAAACAACGAGGUUCCUGAAAUUGUCGACUCUUGUAUCCACGAGUUGGUCGAAAAACAGGCCCUCGAACGUCCCGGCGCCCCUGCUGUUGUGGGUUGGGACCGGGUUUUCACCUAUGCUGAACUCAACGAGGCCGCUAACCGGUUGGCCCAUCAUCUCACGCAGACCUUUGCCAUCAAAGCCGAUGAGCUGAUUCAUGUUUGCUUUGAAAAGUCGGCAUGGCAUUUUGUCGCGAUCCUGGCUAUUAAUAAAGCUGGUGCCGGAUGGGUUCCCCUUGAUCCGUCACAUCCUGAGCAGCGGUUGCGCCAGAUUGCCAGCCAGACCCGGGCAAGAAUCAUACUAACAUCACCGGCCAAUUUGGAUAUUUGUGCCCGUCUUGGCUUGUCUGUCAUUGAGAUCAGCCCGUUCUUUGAUCAGAAGCUUAUCAAGAGCGGCAUGAAUAGCAGCGCUGGGCCAGACGUCAAGGUGACGCCUCGUAACAUUGCUUACGUCCUCUUUACCUCCGGUUCUACUGGUACUCCUAAGGGACUGGUCAUGGAACAUGGCUCUGUAUGCACGUCACAGACCGCUAUCAGCCGGAGACUCGGAUUGACUGCCGAUGUUCGUAUGCUGCAGUUUGCAGCCUUUGUUUUCGAUCUUUCUAUCGGUGAAAUCGUUGCGCCACUGAUUUCAGGUGCUUCUUUGCACAUCCCUGACGAAAACACUCGAUUGAAUGACCUGCCCAACUUCAUCCAGAAGAAACAAAUCAAUUGGGCCUUCCUUACCCCCGCGUUCGCCCGCACUCUGAAGCCAGAAGACGUCCCUGCUCUAGACCUCUUAUUGCUAGCAGGAGAAGCCGUUAGUCGCGAUGUGUUUGAAAGCUGGUUCGGAAAGGUCAGACUUAUCAAUGGCUGGGGCCCAGCUGAGACGUGCGUUUUCUCGACUCUUCAUGAGUGGAGGUCUAUCAACGAGAGUCCCCUAACUGUCGGCCGGCCGGUCGGCGGUUUCUGCUGGAUUGUCGAUCCGGAACACCCUGACAAGCUGGCUCCCACGGGCACCGUCGGCGAGGUCGUUAUCCAAGGCCCGACCCUGCUUCGGGAAUACCUUGCAGACGCUGAGAGGACCAAGCUGUCGACCGUCUAUGACUUGCCCGCUUGGGCACCCCGCCGCGAGUUACAGCAUUGGAGCCGAUUCUACAAGUCCGGUGACUUGUGUUACUACAACCCGGAUGGUACCAUCGAAUUCUCAACUCGUAAGGAUACGCAGAUCAAGAUUCGCGGCCUUCGUGUUGAAUUGGGCGAAAUCGAGCACCACCUGCAGCUUGCCCUUGAUGACAUUCGUCAGGUCGCCGUCGACGUGUUUAAGGGUGAAAGUGGCUCAAAUCUCGUGGCCUACUUCUGCUUCAACGAGGAGAGCAAGACGGCUGAUGCUCGUGUUGCGGGUGACGAUAAGGGUCCUUUCAUGCCCAUCGAUGAAGACCUUCAAGCCCGCCUUAUUGCAGCCUCGGGUGAAUUGAGGGUUGUUCUUCCGUCCUACAUGGUGCCAACCUUCUUCAUUCCCUGUAGCUAUAUGCCAACCAGCACAUCGACCAAGCUUGACCGCAAGGAGCUGAAGCGGUAUACCGCUGCCUUAUCCGUCGAAGAGCUAUCGAAAUACUCCCUUGUCGAUGGCAAAAAGAGGGCACCCGAGACUCCGAUGGAAAGCCAGUUACAGCAGAUAUGGGCUGAAAUUUUGAACAUUCCUAUGGAGUCGGUUGGACGCGAUGACAGCUUCCUUGGCCUCGGCGGUGACUCUAUCACGGCCAUCCACUUGGUUAACGUCAUGCGGGAAGAGGGUAUCUCGUUGACCGUCAAGGACAUCUUUGAUGACCCUCGCCUGCUGUCUGUCGCCAGCAAGGCUAUAACCACCGAGGAGGUACUUGAACUCGAUGAGAUUGAGCCAUUCAGCCUCCUGGAAAAGGAGAUCCGUGAUGCUGUUCUAUCAGAGGAUCUUCGACAAGAACUCAAGCUCGCCAAGUGCCAGCUUGUCGAGGAUGCUUAUCCAUGCAGCAAGCUCCAGGAAGGCCUUAUGGUCCUUUCUGUGAAGCAGCCCGGAUCAUACGUCGCCAAGUACACCUAUCGUCUUCCUGCCCAUGUCGACCUUCAACGCUUCAAGGAGGCGUGGGAGUACACCUCGUCUGCUGUUGAAGCACUCCGAACUCGUCUUGUCAUGAUUGACGGUUCUUGUGUCCAGGUCGUCAUCAACGAGGAGAUCCCCUGGGAGACUACAAAGACGGAUGAUAUUCGAUCGGCCAUAGCAUCGGCUCAGUCUCUCCGCAUGACAUACGGCUCAUCUCUGUCGCGCUACACAAUCCUCGAGGACCAAGACGGCAGCAACUAUUUCAUGUGGGCUGUCCACCACUCUGUCCAUGAUGGUUGGUCGAUGAGGAUAGUCCUGGAGACGUUGCGGCGAGAGUAUGAGGGCCGGGCAUCGGCCCCGGUUAUGCCCUACAACGGAUUCAUUCGCUAUACCCUUGGUCUCGACCUGGAGGCCGCUGCUGAGUAUUGGAGCAGCCAGCUGGAUAACGCCAAGCGGGCCAGUUUCCCUGCUGCUGCCACUACCUCUAGCGAAACGAAGCACAUCACGCGAAUGAUGACAAAGUCUAUUCCAUUCCCUGCUUCCAUGAACCCAGCCAUCACAAAGGCCACAGUUUUGCGAGCUGCUUGGGCCGUCAUCCUAGCUCGUUACUGCGAUACAGACGAUGUCACGUUUGGGUCUACCAUUUCUGGUAGGCAGGCGGCAGUUCCAGGCCUGACCGAGAUGGCUGGUCCAGCUGUUGCCACUGUUCCCGUCCGUAUCCGUCUCGAUAAGCAGCAGCGCGUGUCCAAAUUCCUUCAAGGUGUACAGAGUCAAGCCUCUGAGAUGAUCCCCUUCGAACAAUUUGGCCUGCAGAGCAUCUCCAGGCUUGGUGCUGAUGCGAGGGAUGCGUGCGACUUUACUUCCCUGAUGCUAGUUCAACCCAUGCAGCAUCUUGCUGGCGAGGAUCUCGACAGUGUCAUGGUGCCUGCUCUUGAACAAGAGACACAAGAGGAUCAAUUGCAGAAUUACUUCUCAUACCCUCUUGUUCUGCAGGGCCAUAUCCAUGACGAUCGAGUUGAGCUCGUCUUGAUCUACGACUCUGUCGUUCUUCCAGAACCACAGCUUGUUGCCUUGUCACAUCAGUUCAAUGGCGUUGUCCAGCAGCUUCUCAGCGGCAAGGAUUGCAAGCUUGGCGAAAUCUCAGUGGCGAGCCCCUGGGAUCUCGACCUUGCACAGGCUUCCAACGGCGAUGGCCCUGAAAUCGUUGAUGAUUGUGCUCAUCUCAUAAUCGAGCGGCAAACGAAGCAGACUCCCCAUGCCCAUGCUGUACAUGCUUGGGAUGGCUCACUCACCUACAGUGAGCUUGAUCUUGCUGCCAACAGGCUCGCCAAUCUCUUGAUCCAACGUCACGGGGUCAAGGUCGGCGAUGUCGUUCAUGUGUGCUUUGAAAAGUCUCUUUGGUAUGUGGUUUCGGUCCUGGCCAUCAACAAGGCUGGAGCUGCUUGGGUGCCAAUGGACCCGGCACACCCAUUCCAACGGCUUCAACAGGUUGCCAGUCAAACUGGUGCAAAGCUCGCGCUCUCAUCUGCUAUCCACAGCCCCCUGUGCUCCAAGCUUCUGGACACGGUUGUUGAAGUGUCCUCAAACCUGGAUGAGCAGUUGAAGAGUGACGAGACCAUCAGUCAUGUCAAGCCAACCACUAAGGUGACCCCCAACGACGCUGUCUACCUGCUCUUUACUUCCGGUAGUACUGGCGUUCCUAAGGGUAUCAUUAUGGAACAUGCCUCUCUUUGCACCAGCCAGCGUGAUAUCGCAAAGAGACUCGGCCUGACUAGCAGCGUCAGAAUGCUUCAAUUCUCGUCCUUUGUCUUUGACGUUUCCGUGGGAGAAAUCAUGCUUUCCCUUAUGCAUGGUGGUUGCAUUUGCAUACCAUCUGACCACGAUCGUCUCAACAACUUGGAUGGAUUCAUCCGAGACGCCGAGGUGACCUGGGCAUUCCUGACACCAUCGUUUGCACGCACACUCCGCCCUCAAGACGUUCCAUCCCUUGAGCUCAUUGUCCUUGCCGGAGAGCCCGUCAGCCAGGACGUCUUUGACCUCUGGUUCGGUAAGGCAAGGCUUGUCAAUGGUUGGGGACCUGCUGAGACUUGCGUUCUGAGUGCUAUCCACGAAUGGAAAUCCGCAGACGAAUCGCCGUUGACCAUCGGACGUUCGGUUGGAAGCUUUGCCUGGAUUGUCGACGCAGAGAAUUCGAACCGUCUAGCCCCGGUUGGAUGUAUCGGAGAAAUCGUCAUGCAGGGGCCUACUCUCCUCCGUGAGUACUUGGCUGACCCGGCCAAGACGGCCUCAUCGACCAUGACCUCUUUGCCGAACUGGGCACCCCGCGCCAAUGACAAGAAAUGGGGUCGUUUCUAUAAGACUGGCGAUCUGGGUUUCUACAACCCUGAUGGAACGAUCCACUACUCUGGCCGCAAGGAUACACAGGUCAAGAUCCGUGGUCUUCGCGUUGAGCUUGGUGAAGUUGAGCAUCACAUUCGGAAUGCACUUGAAUCCAUCCGACAGGUUGCCGUUGAUGUGUUCCGAACAGAAACCGGAACGAACCUCGUCUCAUACAUCUGCUUUAGCAGCGAGACGAAAACUCCCGGACCAAACACCGACCCCAAUGGUGAUGACGUUUUCCUCUACAUGACUCGGAACGUCCAGAGCGAUUUGAACAUCGCCAUCAACAAGCUCAACGCCCUGCUGCCUAGCUACAUGAUCCCAACUUACUGGAUUCCUUGUGACUACAUGCCGCUGAUUUCCUCCGGCAAGUUGGACAGGGUCAAGCUCCGCAAGCAGAUGGCUGCGUUGACUCAGGAGGAGCUGGAGGCCUAUUCACUGACUGAUGCCGACAAGCGCGCUCCGGACACAGCCAUGGAAGUGCGACUGCAAAGCAUGUGGGCUGAGAUCUUGAACAUUCCCGCUCAGACCAUUGGCAAGGACGACAACUUCCUCCGUAUUGGUGGUGACUCAAUCGCUGCUAUCAGAUUGGUCUCGAUGGCUCGCGAGCGCGGCAUCACCCUCACGGUCAAUGGCAUUUUUGAAGAUCCGCGCCUGUCAUCUAUGGCUGCCACUGCCGGGGCGGCUGAUGGGGAUGAUGAGCUUCUGACUCCUAUUCCUGCUUUCUCCCUCCUGGAUGACAGCACUCGAGACCCGAUCCAGGCUCCCAGCAUCUACCAAGACUUGGGCCUGAAUGUCACACAGCGGAUCGAGGACGCAUAUCCAACCACCAAGCUCCAAGAAGGCCUCAUGGCCCUCUCCGCCAAGCAGCCCGGAUCGUACAUUGCCAAGUUCCUCUAUCGUAUUCCCAAGCACAUUGAAGUCGCUCGCUUCAAGGAUGCCUGGAGACGCACGGUUGAUGCUUGUCCCAACCUUCGCACCCGGAUCCUCCUCACCGAAGGAGGCCACAGCACGCAGCUUGUGAUUAGCCACGAUUUCGAGUGGGAUCUCGUCGAGAAUGAAGACCUUCACUCCUAUCUCCAGCUGACUCAGGACUUUGAGAUGGGUUACGGUUCGCAGCUUUCUCGGUACGCGCUGAUCAAGCACACGGAUGGCGAGACGUACUUCAUGUGGAGCGUGCAUCACGCUGUUUUCGAUGGUCUGUCUACUCAGAACGUAUUGAACAUUCUUGAGAAGGCCUAUCAAGGCAAAGACGUCCUAGAAACGCCUCCGUAUGCCCGCUUCAUCAAGUAUACCCUUGGACUGGAUGCAGAGGCUGCAGCAACAUACUGGAGAGAACAAUUACAGAGCUCUCGCAAGGCCACUUUCCCUGCGUCAAGUGAAGUAUCCAACAAGCCUGGCGCCACUCGUGUCCUUGAACGAUCCAUCGAGCUGCCCAAGAUGGCCUCAUCGGGCAUUACUCUCGCCACCGUUGUUCGGUCUGCUUGGGCCAUGGUCCUCGCACGCUACAGCGAUUCGGAAGAUGUCACCUUUGGUACAAGCAUCUCAGGCCGUCAGGCCCCAGUACCCGAGUUGAUGGACAUGGUUGGACCCAUCAUCGCAACCGUCCCUGUGAGGGUCCGCGUAGACCAAGCGCAGCUGGCUACUGACUUCCUUCAAGCUGUCCAGAGGCAGACACUCGAAAUGGUUCCCUACGAGCAGUUCGGUCUACAGAGUAUAGCCAAGGUCAGCGAAGACGCCAAGGAGGCUUGUGACUUUACUUCGCUCUUGGUGAUUCAGCCUAUGCAACACGUGUCCGACUCUGAAUCCGCCGAUUCUGUCCUUGUACACGCAGAUGGAGCGCUAAAGGAGGAGGCCGAAUCGAUGGAGAACUAUUUCUCGUACCCCCUCAUUGUCCAGGCUCAUCUGUAUGAGGACCGCAUCAACAUUGUUCUCAUCUACGACUCGACUAUCCUGGCCAAGACACAGCUAGAAGCCCUCUCUCAACAGCUUGGACAUGUUAUGUGCCAGCUUGCGGCAGCCACUGACGAGAAAUCGUUGGGAUCGGUAUCCAUUACUUCUGACUGGGAUCUGGAGCGCGCUGUUUCAUUUAACAGUGACGUUCCUGAAAUCGUUGAUGCUUGUGUGCAUGACCUUGUUGCACGUCAGGCUGAGCUUCGACCAGAUUCUGUCGCUAUAUCUGCGUGGGAUGCCGAGCUCACAUAUAGCCAGCUUAACCUCGCUGCCAAUAGACUGGCGAACCACAUCAUCACAGCCUAUGGGAUCAAGCCUAAUGACUUCAUUCACGUGUGUUUUGAGAAGUCAGCUUGGCACUUUGUUGCCAUUUUGGCUAUCAAUAAGGCUGGAGCCGCUUGGGUGCCUCUUGACUCUUCUCAUCCAGAGCAGCGUCUUCGUCAAGUGGUUAGCCAGACGAAUGCCAGGCUGGUUUUGACGUCUCCUAGCAACUCCACGCUUUGUUCCGGACUACUUGCAGACGUCCUUGAAGUCACACCAGCAUUGGACCAAAAGCUAGCUGCAACAGUUGGCUCCCAGGCUCCCAAGGUCGCUGUGACGCCUGAACAUGCUGUGUAUGCUCUGUUCACCUCCGGAUCUACCGGUACCCCUAAGGGCCUCGUUAUGCAGCACCGAGCUGUUUGCACCUCGCAGACGGCCAUUGCCAAACGGUUAGGUCUGUCAUCGGACAUUCGACAACUUCAAUUCGCUGCGUUCGUUUUCGAUCUAUCCAUUGGUGAGAUUAUCGCGCCAUUAAUCAGCGGAGCUUGCGUUUGUGUUCCUUCUGAAGACGUCCGGAUGAACAGCAUUACCGAGUACAUUCGUGACCAGCGCAUCAACUGGGCAUUCUUGACCCCUUCGUACGUUCGUACCUUACGGCCAAAGGAUGUACCUGGCCUGGAACUACUUCUUCUUGCCGGUGAAGCUGUACCUAAGGAGAUCCUUAACACAUGGUUCGGGAAAUUGCGCCUUGUCAACGGCUGGGGGCCAGCCGAGACCUGUGUCUUCAGUACCCUGCACGAAUGGAAGUCAGUCGACGAAAGUCCUCUUACCGUUGGCAAGCCAGUUGGAGGCUUCUGCUGGGUUGUCGACCCGGAGAACCCCCAUAAGCUAGCCCCUGUUGGCACUUUGGGCGAGGUUGUCAUCCAAGGUCCGACCUUACUUCGCGAGUAUCUGGCUGAUCCAGAACGUACCGCGGCUUCCUCAGCCACAGCCCCUGACUGGGCACCGCAGCCUGACUCCAAGCAUUGGGGGCGCCUUUACAAAUCUGGUGAUCUCUGCUCCUACAACCCUGAUGGAACUCUUGAGUUCUCGUCCAGAAAGGACACACAGAUCAAGAUUCGAGGCCUUCGUGUGGAGUUGGGUGAGGUGGAACACCACAUCCAAACGGCGAUGCGCGGCCUGCGCCAGAUUGCUGUUGACGUUUACAAGGGCGAGAGCGGAACGAAUCUUGUGGCUUAUCUGUGCUUUACCGACGAGACCCGAGCCUCUUCUGCUGACCACAGCCCAUUCAUGUCCGUCGACAAGAAGCUUCAGAACCAACUGAAUGCUUUGGUCGGCGAAUUGGGAGUUACGCUGCCGCGGUAUAUGAUCCCCACGCUUUACAUACCCUGUAGCUUCAUGCCGUCAAUCACGUCGACCAAGCUGGACCGCAAUGAAUUGCGCCGUCGUACCGCCAGCCUCACCCGCGAUGAACUGUCUCAAUAUUCCCUGCUGGGAGGCAACAAGAGGGCUCCGGAAACCGACGUGGAGCGCGCGCUUCAACGGAUCUGGUCCGGCAUCUUGGGCCUCUCGCCGGACGCAAUUGGCCGAGACGACAGCUUCCUCGGUCUGGGAGGUGACUCGAUUACUGCGAUACAGCUUGUUGGGGUUUGUCGUGAUCAAGGCAUUUCUCUGUCGGUCAAGGAUAUCUUCAACGACCCUCGGCUUAUCGCUGUGGCCAAGGCUGCUCAGUCGCUGAGCUCUGUUGACGAUGUCGCUAUUGAGCCUUUCGGCCUGUUGGAUGAUGAACUGCGUCGUCUCGCUACGAGUGAAACCGCCAGGGCUCAGUGCCAUCUUGCAACAGAAGCCGUCAUCGAGGACGCCUAUCCUUGCACAAAGUUCCAAGAAGGCCUUAUGGCUCUCUCCAUCAAGUCUCCUGGAUCAUAUGUUGCCAAGUAUGCCUAUCGGCUGGCGGAUGAUGUUGACAUUGAGCAGUUCAAGUCAAGCUGGAAGAAGACCGUUUCUCUCUGCCCUACCCUGCGCACACGCAUCGUGCUUCUUGGUGACCGCUGCGUGCAGUUGGUUGUCAAGGAGGAUGCAGAGUUUGUAUCAUCUACCGCUUCAAGCUUCGAGUCAGCCAUGCUUGAAGCUCGUAAUGUGCAAAUGACAUACGGCACGCCGCUGUCACAGUAUACUCUGUUCCAAGGAGAAGAUGGCUUCUACUUCAUCUGGGUUGUUCAUCAUACGGUUCACGACGGAUGGACCAUGCGUCUUGUGCUUGAAACGCUGCAGAACCUCCACCAGGGCUCGACCACCAGCUCGCUGAAGCCGUAUUCAAACUUCAUCAAGUAUGCGAUGGAUGUUGUGCAAGACCCGGCUGUCGAGAAAUACUGGUCGCAGCAGCUGGAUGGAGCAGUCCAGGCGUCCUAUCCCCCUCGCCCAAGGUCUGACAAGCAGCACAAGGCAGUUACCCGCAUGAUGACCAAGACUAUCCAAGUGCCAAACAACACUCAGUCUUCAGUUACCAUGGCGACUCUCCUGCGUGCCACCUGGGCUAUCAUCCUUGCUCGUUACUCCAACACUGACGAUAUCUGCUUUGCCACGACGGUGUCUGGCCGUCAAGCCUCUGUUUCGGACAUCUUGCAGAUACCCGGGCCUAUCGUUGCGACUAUCCCAGUGCGCGUACGACUCAAUGGCCAGCAGACUGUGCUGGAAUAUUUGGAGAGUGUGCAGCAUCAAGCUACACAGAUGAUUCCCCACGAGCAAUACGGGUUGCAAAACAUUUCCAGGAUCUCAGAAAACAUCAGCGAUGCCAUUGACUUCUCAAGUCUACUGGUCAUCCAGCCUCGAUCGCACCUGGACUCUGGCAAUGGUGACGGAAGCAAUGAGAACAUUCUUAUUCCUACCGUUGAGGACGAUGAAGCUGUAGCAGACCUUCUGCAAGAUUACUUCACGUAUCCUCUGGUUAUUCAGGGCAACCUGUUAGAUGACCAUAUCGACCUGCUCCUGACCUACGAUAGCACUGUCCUGUCCGAGGUCGAGCUCAGCCGAUUGGCUGUGCAAUUCGAACACGUUGCUCAGCAGCUCCUGGAUUCCGAUCAUGUCAAGCUGGGAGAUCUCUCGUUGGUGCCCCCGCAAGACGUUCAACAGGCCAUUGCGUGGAACACAGAAGACCCCGAGAUCGUUGAAGAUUGCAUCCACAAAUUGGUCGAACGACAAGCCAUUUCUACUCCGGAUGCCAUCGCCAUCGACUCUUGGGAUGGGAAGCUGACGUACGCCCAGUUAGACGAGGCUGCGACACGUUUAUCUCAUCACCUCAUCAAGACAUAUGAUGUCGCCCCUGAUGAUCUUGUCCUUCUCUUGUUCGGGAAAUCGUUGUGGUACAUCAUCUCGACAAUUGCCGUCAACAAGGCUGGAGCAGCCUGGGUUCCCCUUGACCCAGCUCACCCCAUGCAGCGUCUGCAGCAAGUUACCAGACAGACGAAAGCUCAGGUGAUUCUCGCGUCAUCUCUGCAAUGCGAGCUGGCUCAAGAACUGCUGAACACUGUUGUUGAAGUCAGCCAAGCCCUGGACGAUGCCCUCACCACGGCAGGCUCCACGCUCCGCACUCCAGAUGCCAUGGUUUCCUCCAGAGACAAGGCCUAUGUCCUGUUCACUUCCGGCAGCACCGGAGUGCCAAAAGGUAUCGUGAUCAGCCACGGAUCUGUCUGCACGAGUCAAACUGCUAUUUCUAGCCGUCUGGGCCUGCACAGCGGUGUUCGGAUGCUCCAGUUCUCUGCCUUCGUCUUCGAUGUCUCUGUUGGCGAGAUAUAUGGCUCGUUAAUCCGCGGCGCUUGCGUUGUUAUACCAUCCGACGAGAUUCGCAUGAAUGACCUGACCAGAUUCAUGCGGGAGAAAGAGGUCACUUGGGCAUGUUUCACCCCUUCAUUCAUCGAGACUCUUCAUCCAGCUGAUCUGGAAAAUCUGGAGCUGGUCAUCCUAGAGGGUGAACCUUCUAAGAGACAUAUACUAGAGGAAUGGUUCGGCAAGGUCAAGCUGAUCAAUGGCUGGGGCCCUGCGGAAACCUGUGUAUUCAGCAGUAUGCACGAGUGGAAGUCAGCCACCGAAAGCCCUGUUACUAUCGGCAAGCCUGUGGGCUGCUUUGCGUGGAUUGCUGAUCCCGACAAUCAUCAUCGCCUUGCUCCAAUCGGUACUGUUGGCGAGAUUGUGCUCCAGGGUCCGACACUGUUGUGCGAAUACCUCGAUGACCCUAUGCAGACGCAGGCCAGUAUCCUCAAGUCAAUCCCAAGCUGGGCUCCACGCCGCGAAUCGCAGCACUGGAACCGGUUCUACUUAACCGGCGAUCUAGGCUGCUAUAACCCUGACGGAACCCUCGCGUAUCACGGCCGGAAGGAUACUCAAGUCAAGAUUCGAGGCCUUCGCGUGGAAUUGGAUGAGGUCGAGCACCAUAUCCGCAGCCUGCUAAGUGAUGUUGUUCAUGUCACUGUGGACGUUCACAAGUCCGAGGCAGGUUCGAGUCUGGUUGCCUAUCUUGCUUACACUGAGGAGAGUGUGGACGACGAGGAUGCACUGUUCCUGCCCUUGACGAACGAGCUGCAAAAGGAUCUGGAUGCCAUGUCCAGUCAGCUUAGUGUCUUGUUGCCUCGGUAUAUGGUACCAACUCUCUAUAUCCCGUGCUCGCACAUGCCUUUCCUGUCAUCUGGGAAGACGGAUAGGGCUCAGUUACGCAGACUUACUUCCGAACUAAGCCAAGAGCAGCUCGAGGCCUAUGCGCUGGACGAUACCAAGAAGGAGGCUGCCGAAACAGAGGCUGAGUUGCGUCUUCGAGAUGUCUGGGCCAAGAUUCUGGGCCUUUCUGCUCAAUCAAUUGGUCGUCACGAUAGCUUCUUGCGUAUUGGAGGCGAUUCAAUUGCAGCCAUCCAGCUGGUCACCGCUGCCAGAGAGGCCGGCAUCAUCUUCUCAGUGAAGGAUGUCUUUGAUGACUCCCGACUUUGGAAGCUGGCUGAAUUUGCCUCAUCCAAGACGGAAUCGGAAAAGGUUGUGGAGGCCAUUGCACCAUUCAGCCUGCUUCGCACUUCCCUCAACGAGACAGCUGUAACUGCUAUUCUGCAGCAGCAAUAUGGUUUGACCGACAGUGUCGUCGUUGAGGAUGCCUAUCCCUCUACGAAGCUUCAGGAGGGUCUUAUGGCCAUCUCUGCUAAGCAGCCUGGAACAUAUGUUGCAAAGCAGGUCUACGGCCUGCCUGAGCACGUUGACCUUGAUACCUUCAAGGCAGCCUGGGAGCGAACAGUUGAGCUUUGUGUCAAUUUGAGGACGCGUCUCGUCAUCGCCGGUGAUGCAAGUGUGCAGGUGGUUAUUCGGAACGAAGAAAUCGAGUGGGAGACUUGCAAUACAACCGUGCAAGCCUACCUCUCCCAGCAGUUCAACAUGGGAUACGGUUCCCGACUGUUCCGUAACGGAAUCGUUCAUGAGCCCUCGGGGCAGAACUUCUUUGUCCUGAGCAUUCACCAUGCCAUCUUUGAUGGUUGGACGCUCCCGAUGCUUAUGGAGACACUGGACUCUGCGUAUCGCGGCGUCGAAGCUUCCGCCCUCCGCCCAUACGCUGAGUUUGUCAAGUAUAUCCUGGACAUUGAUGAGGCAGCUGCUGGUGACUACUGGCGAGGCCAACUCCAAGAUGCCAAGCGUGCCUCGUUCCCGCCGUCGGCCCCGGUUCAAUCAUCUCAGACGAUUACCAGGAUCCUUGAGAAGCCCCUCAACUUCUCUCACUCAAUCAAAUCCGGCAUCACCAAGGCAUCAGUCCUCAGGGCUGCCUGGGCCCUGGUGUUAUCCAGGUAUUCUGAUAGCGAUGAUGUGACAUUUGGUGUCAACGUUUCCGGACGUAAUGCCGCAGUUGCAGGCAUUGAAUCGAUGCCCGGCCUUGUUGUCGCCACGGUCCCGGUCCGCGUGAGACUGGACCCCGAACAAACGGUUUCCCAAUUUGUGGAAAGCAUUCAGUCUCAAUCGACUGAUAUGAUCCCUUACGAGCAGUUCGGUCUACAAGACAUCUCCAAGCUUAGCCCCGAGGCGAAGGACGCUUGCGAUUUCUCAUCCCUCAUGGUCAUCCAGCCCAUGUCUAGCAUCGCCAACAACAAGUCUGUUCUUGAGCCUCCCCCAGAGGACAAGGCUGCUGCUGAAGAGAGCUUGCAGAACUACUUCACUUACCCUCUGGUUAUCCAAGCUCACCUGCAUGAUGAUGGUGCGGUCAAUCUGCUGCUGAUUUACGAUGCGAAUGUGCUCUCCGAGGAUCAACUUCAAGCACUAUCCAUCCAGUUUGAUCAUGUGGUGCAACAAUUACUUGGCCAAGAUUCCGGGGCUAAGCUAAGGGAUGUCACCAUUGCCGGACCAUGGGAUUUGCAGCAGGCUAUGAGUUACAACGUCAAGGAGCCCGGGAUCGUCAACGCCUGUGUACACGAGCUUAUUGCUCAACAAGCGGCCCGAGAUCCCCAUCACGAGGCUAUCUACUCAAGCGAAGGCACAGUUACAUAUGCCACCUUGGAUCGUCUCUCCAGCCUCUUGGCCCACCACCUACAUGCUCAUGGAGUACGGCCUGAGUCGGUGGUUCCAUUCUGCUUCGACAAGUCUGCGUGGGCCAUCAUCGCGAUGCUCGCUAUUCUGAAGGCUGGUGGUGUUUUCCUCCCCCUUGACCCCUCACACCCGCGCAACCGUCGUGAGGCUCUGAUCGAGGAAGUCGGAGCAGAGGUCAUGAUUGUCUCUCCCUCGUCGUCUGUCACCUGCGAGGGUCUAACUCCCACCAUGGUAGAGCUGACGACUCCGCUACUUGAGCAGCUUUCAUCGACCUAUGAUGCCUUCCAGCAGAUUCAUCCCAAGCCAAAGCCUAGCAAUGCAGCCUACGUCCUUUUUACAUCAGGCUCUACCGGCAAGCCGAAAGGUGUCUUGAUGGAGCACUCGGGCUUUGCCACCAGCACCCUGGGACACGGCCGGGUGUAUAACCUUGGCCCGACUUCUCGUGUCUUCCAGUUUUCCAACUAUGUCUUUGAUGGAAGCUUGGGUGAGAUCUUCACCACGCUCUCGUUUGGCGGCACUGUUUGUGUGCCCUCUGAGACUGAAAGACUCCAAGAAGCGCCUACCUUUAUGCGCAAGUCCCGUGUUAAUACUGCCAUGUUGACGCCUUCUUUUGUUCGGACCUUUACGCCCGACCAAGUCCCGUCGCUCCAAUUGCUUGUCCUCGGUGGUGAAGCCUCGUCAAAAGAUCUCAUCGAGACUUGGUGCGACCGCCUGCGUCUUGUCAACGGCUAUGGACCAGCUGAAGCUUGCAAUUACGCGACAACGCAUGACUUCAAGCCGACUGACUCUCCUCGCACGAUUGGCCGCGGCUUCAACAGCGCAUGUUGGAUUGUUGAGCCAACCGACUACAAUAGGCUGACCCCUAUUGGAUGUGUCGGAGAGUUGAUUAUCCAAGGAAAUGCUCUUGCUCGCGGCUACAUCAACGACCCCAAGCGCACUGCAGACUCGUUUGUCACUGCUGUCGACUGUCUGCCCAGAGACAUGAUUUCCGGCCCUCACAGGUUCUACCUGACCGGCGAUCUUGUUCGGUACAACUCCACCGGCGAAAUGGAGUAUCUUGGUAGGAAGGAUACCCAGGUCAAGCUCCGCGGCCAACGUCUUGAGCUUGGCGAAAUCGAGUACCAAGUCAAGCAGUCAUUGCCUGAGAUUGAGCACGUUGCUGUCGAUGUGGUUCAUCGCGAGACCGGCGAUGCCCUUAUUGCGUUCGUCUCGUUCAAGGACACGGCUUCUUCUGCUUCAAGUGACAUACUCUCCCUUGAUGACGAGAUGCACUCUACCUUGGCCACAGUCAUGGAGCACCUGAAGAGCUCUCUUCCUGGCUACAUGGUGCCCAGCACUAUCCUUCCCUUGAAGAAGAUGCCAUUCAUUACCUCGAUGAAAGUUGAUCGGAAGAGGCUUAUUGCUGUUGCAGCUGAAUUAUCGUUGGAAGAACUUACCUCAUUCUCCCUUGUCAAGCGUGACUUUGCUCCGCCCACCACAGCCAUGGAGAAGAAGUUGGCCGACCUCUGGGCUCAAGUCCUUAAGAUUGAUGUCGGCAGCAUUGGCAAGAAUGAUAGUUUCCUUCAGAUUGGUGGUGAUUCCAUCACCUCGAUCCAUCUGGUCACGCUUGCGCAAAAGUCUGGCAUCAAUCUGACGGUAGCCGGCAUCUUUGACGACUCUAAGUUAUCAUCAAUGGCACACUCAGCUGGCGAAGGCGAUAUUGAGCCAGUUUACGAGGUGGUGCCAUUCGAUAUGGUUGCCACACACAAUCUGAGCUCUCUGAUGGAAGAAGUGCGCACCAAGUGUGGGCUGCCCGGUUCUGCGGUGAUCGAGGAUAUCUACCCUGCAACAAGCUUCCAGGAAGGCCUCAUGGCACUGGCCGUGAAGCAGCCUGGCUCCUACAUUGCCAAGCAGGUCUAUCAGCUGCCAAGGGGUGUUGACGUUGCUCGCUUCAAGGCCGCCUGGGAGACAACUGCGCGCAUGUGCAGCAACCUCCGUACUCGGAUCGUUCUUGCUGGUGAUGCCUCUGUCCAGGUCAUCUUGAAGGAUAUUGGCUCUUGGGAAGUCACUUCAAACAUGACACUCAAGUCGUAUCUUCAGGCGACUCAGAAGAUUAACAUGGACUAUGGCUCUGCGCUGAGCCGCCACGCGCUCAUUGAGCAGGCUGAUGGCAAGAACUACUUUGUAUGGUCAAUCCACCACACUGUAUUUGAUGGCUGGACGACUCGCCUGGUACUCAACACCUUGCUCUCUGCAUACAUGGGUGAACAGAUUGUCCCGCUUGAGCCGUAUGCCCGCUUCAUCAACUACGCCAUCAAUCUCAAUAUCGAUGCCGCCAAGUCCUACUGGACCGAGCAGCUGUUGGAUGCCAAGCGGGCAUUAUUCCCUGCUGUCUCCAACGAGGUUUCCCGCAACAAGACGUCAAACACUCGUGUGCUCGAGAAGGCCUUGGAUCUGCCGCAAGUGAAGCAGACCUCGAUAACCAUGGCCUCGAUCUUGCGCGCCACAUGGUCCAUCGUCCUUGCCCAAUACUGCGAUACAGACGACGUGACGUUCGGCACAACGGUAUCCGGACGACAAGCCCCUGUAUCGGGUAUCACUGAAAUGGCCGGGCCAGUUGUUGCUACUGUCCCUGUACGCGUUCGACUCGACAGAAACGCUUCGGUUCCAGAGUUUCUCAAGGGCAUCCAGACUCAGGCUUCCCAGAUGAUUCCAUUUGAACAGUUUGGUCUGCAGAAUAUUGCCAAGUUGAAUGUUGAGGCCAAGGAAGCUUGCGACUUCAGAUCACUCUUGGUCAUCCAACCAAUGAAGAAGCUGCUUGACACUGGCGAUCGCGAAGCCAUCAUGGAGCCUGUUUCAGCGACUACCCGGGAUGAGGAAGACUUUAUGCAAAACUACUUCUCUUAUCCCCUCGUCAUCCAAGGCCAUGUGUAUGAGGAAUCGGUCAAUCUGGUCCUGAUCUAUGAUGCGGACAUUCUGCCUGAGCAACAGCUGCUUGCUUUGGCUCAUCAAUUCGAGCAUGUCGCACAGCAACUUGUUGCUAAAGGCAACCGUACUACCAAGCUUGGAGACGUAUCUGUGUCUGGUGCUUGGGACCUGGAUUUCGCUCUGCGUCAGAACAGCGAGGUGCCCGAGCUCAUCGACUCUUGCUUCCACACCCUUGUUGAACAGCAAGCUGUCGUACGGCCUGAGGCUCCUGCAAUCAACGGAUGGGAUGCCAAGUUCACGUAUGCCCAGCUCAACGAGGCUGCUAACAGAUUGGCGAACCACCUUGUUGCAGAGUACGAGAUCAACAACGACGAGCUUAUCCACGUCUGCUUUGAAAAAUCUGCUUGGUUCUUCGUUGCAAUUCUAGCCAUCAACAAGGCCGGCGCAGCUUGGGUUCCCCUAGACCCCUCCCACCCAUCUCAACGCCAUCAACAGGUUGUCAACCAGACAAAGGCCCGCCUUGCCCUCGUUUCGACCUCCCACAUUUCGACUUGUGUCGACCUUGUGGACGACAUUCUAGAAGUAUCAUCCACAACCGAUGAGCUUCUUCGCAAGUCGCAGUCUUCUCGCCAUGGUCCUACUCGCAAGGUCUCGCCGUCCAACGCUGCGUAUGUACUCUUUACCUCGGGCUCAACCGGCACACCAAAGGGCCUUGUCAUGGAGCACGGAAGCGUUUGCACAUCACAAACAGCCAUUGUGAAGCGCCUGAACAUGACGCCCAGUGUCAGGAUUCUGCAAUUCGCUGCCUUUGUGUUCGAUCUGUCGAUAGGCGAAAUUGUCGCACCACUGAUUACCGGUGCAUGCAUCUGCGUGCCUUCAGAGCACGCCAGGAUGAAUGCGCUGCCUGAAUUCGUUCGGCAGAACAACGUCAACUGGGCCUAUCUCACGCCAUCAUACAUUCAAACCCUUAGCCCGAAGGACGUGCCCGGCCUUGAAUUGGUGUUGCUUGCCGGCGAAGCUGUGAGCAGGGACAUCUUGGAUGCUUGGUUUGGCAAGGUUCGUCUGGUUAAUGGCUGGGGUCCAGCUGAGACGUGUGUGUUUUCCACUCUUCAUGAGUGGCGGUCCAAGGAUGAAGAGUCUCCUCUCACGAUUGGCCGCCCCGUGGGAGGCUUCACUUGGAUUGUCGAUCCCGAAAACCCCCAGAAGCUCGCACCCAUCGGAGUUCCAGGUGAAGUUGUAAUCCAGGGACCAACAAUCCUCAGGGAGUAUCUGGAUGAUCCUGUCCGCACCUCAGACAGCACCGUUUACAGUCUCCCUCCUUGGGCUCCUAAUCGAGGAACCAAGUGGAACAGGUUCUACAAGUCUGGUGAUCUUUGCUCGUACAAUGCCGACGGAACGAUCGAGUUCAUCAGUCGCAAAGACACUCAAAUCAAGAUCCGAGGCCUUCGAGUCGAACUAGGCGAAGUCGAACACCACGUCAAGUCUGCUUUGGACGUCCGACAUGUUGCUGUCGAUGUGCUUCGAUCCAGCAAUGGUUCGAACCUGGUGGCCUACUUCUGCUUCAGUGAUCAGACGAGAAUGAAUGGUACUCGUGGAACUUCUGAUGGAAGCGGAUUGUUUGCUGAGAUGGACGACGAACUGCAAACUCGUCUUACUGCCGUGAUCGGCCAGUUGAAUAUUUCGUUGCCGCGGUAUAUGGUGCCGACUUUCUUCAUCCCUUGCCAGUACAUGCCUACCAUUACCUCCACGAAGCUGGAUAGGAACUACCUGAAACGGCAAACCGCGGCGCUCAGCCAGGAAGAGCUUACCAUGUAUUCUCUUCUACAAGGAGGGAAGAAGCGUGCACCAGAAAAAGACAUGGAGAAGCAACUCCAGUCUAUCUGGUCUCAGAUACUUUCCAUUCCAUCUGAGAGCAUUGGCCUUGACGAUAGCUUCCUUGGCCUAGGCGGCGACUCAAUCAGCGCUAUCCGCCUCGUGGCUUUAUGCCGUGAGGAGGCCGUCUCGCUUACAGCGCAGGAUAUCUUCGACGACCCACGCCUGUUUGCUGUUGCGGCACGCGCCCAGAAGAUGAACGUAGUUGUGGAAGAAUCUCUUGACAUCGCUCCCUUCUCUCUCCUCAGCGAGAAGUCCCAGGAACUGGUCAAGGCCGAUGAUGUGCGCGCUCAGUGCAACCUGUCCUGGGAAACCGUUGUCGAUGCGUACCCCUGCACUCCUCUGCAAGAAGGUCUCAUGGCCCUCUCUGUCAAGCAGCCGGGAUCGUAUAUGGCAAGAUACGUCUAUCGCAUGCCUCGAACCGUGAACAUUGCGCGGUUCAAGUGGUCCUGGGAGCGAACCGUUUCUCUCUGCGACAAUCUUCGCACCCGCAUAGUUCUCGUCGGCGGCAGAGCUACGCAGAUUGUGGUCGAUGGGCCUAUUGAUUGGGAUGUCAGCCACGACUUGGAGGCGCAUCUCUCGGCCAUGAAGUCCAUCAAGAUGACCUACGGCUCUGCCCUUUCGCAGAUCGCCCUGGUCAAACAGGACAAUGGCGACAUGUUCUUCACAUGGGCCGUCCAUCACUCUGUCUUCGACGGCUGGACAGUUCCCAUCCUGUUCAAUACCCUGCAAGCUGUCUACCAGGGCGUCAAGCCCAUCCCACCCGCUCCAUACGCUCGAUUCAUCAAAUUCACCAUGGGUAUCGACAACGACAACACUGUCCAGUACUGGAAGGAUCAGUUGCACAAUGCAAAGAAAGCCACAUUCCCUCCAGCUGCAGCCCAGUCGGGCUCAGUACAAGUGCUGGAAACAUCGAUCAACUACACACAGGCGCCUGGCUCGUCUAUCACCAGAGCCACCAUCUUGCGUGCGGCAUGGGCCCUCGUCCUAGCCCGGUACUCUGAGAGCAACGACAUCACCUUCGGCACCACGAUCUCUGGUCGACAGGCGCCUGUGGAUGAGAUCACCAACAUGGCUGGCCCAGCUGUGGCCACGGUCCCUGUGCGAGUUCGUCUUGAGAAACAGCAGACUGUAUCUGCCUUCUUACAGGGAGUUCAAAGCCAGGCCAUGAAGAUGAUUUCCUAUGAGCAGUACGGUCUGCAAAACAUCUCAAAGGUUAGCCUGGAUGCCAAGGAGGUUUGUGACUUUACGUCCUUGUUGGUCAUCCAACCCGUUGAGGACUUGGCGUACCUUGAUGAUGAUGCUCUCCUAGUCAAUGCCGGACCGGAACUCACUGGCGAGACAGAGAUGAUGCAGAACUAUUUCUCGUACCCCCUCAUUAUCCAAGGCCAUCUAUAUGAGAAUAGCAUCAAGCUGAUGCUUGUGUAUGACACUCAAGUCAUUUCGACGGGCAAGAUGGACGCAUUGUCCCACCACUUCAACGCUGCCGUUCAACAGCUCACUCGCAAUGGCAACGCCCUCCUAGACAAUGUAUCACUUGCGAGUGAGUGGGAUAUGGAGAAGGCAAUCGCCUUGAAUAGUGGCUCACCUGAUGCUAUUGAACGCUGUUUCCACGACAUGGUUGAUGAAGUCGCUUUAGUACGAGGUGACGCUCCGGCCCUUUCUGGCUGGGAUAAAUCCUUUACGUACAAGGAAAUGACUGAGGCGACGAACCGUCUUGCUCACUAUCUCGUCAAUGAUUAUGGCGUCAAAGUGGGAGAUAUCAUUCAUGUGUGCUUCGAGAAGUCGGCUUGGUUCAUUAUCGCGACUCUGGCCAUCAACAAAGCCGGUGCAGCCUGGUCAACUCUCGACACGUCUCACCCCAUCGAGCGGUACCAGAAGAUUGUCAGUCAGACAGGAUCAAAGCUGGCGCUGGCUUCCGCUGCCAACUCGUAUCGAUGUGUUGGCGUGUUGCCUCACGUUAUCGAGCUUACUCCUGAGCUUGAUGCUAGGCUUGCCAAGAACACUUCUUGGAGCGCUUGCGGACCAGCUGUUGCAGUUAUUCCCAGCGAUAUGGCUUAUAUCCUGUUCACCUCUGGAUCUACUGGUGUGCCCAAGGGUGUGGUCAUUGAGCACGCCACGCUUUGCACCAGUCAAACGUCUCUGUCACAGACUCUUGGUUUCCACGAGGAAUACAAGGUUCUUCAAUUCUCGUCUUAUUCGUUCGAUGCCGCGGUGUUUGAGAUUGAUUCAACUCUCCUGACUGGCGCUUGCCUGUACGUGCCCUCGUGGGACGAACAGAUGAAUGAGUUGGUGGGCUAUAUCCGAAAGCACACAAUUACCUGCACGCUCCUGACUCCAACUCUGGCUCGAACCCUCCGCCCCGAGGAUGUUCCGUCUCUGAAUAUGUUGAUAUUGGGUGGUGAAGCUCCCACUCGAGAUAUCCUCGAUAUCUGGUUUGGCAAAUUGAAGCUCGUCAACGGCUGGGGUCCGACCGAGGCAUGUGUUAUCGCGUGCCUCCAUUCGUGGACUUCGGUAGACGAGUCUCCCAGCGUCAUCGGUCGACCAAUUGGUGGCUCUAUAUGGGUUGUUGAUCCGGAUGAUGCCACUCGCAUGGCCCCCGUGGGAACGGUCGGAGAGAUUGCAGUUCAAGGCCGGAACUUGUUCCGUGGAUAUCUCUCUGAUCCCGUCAAAACGGCUGCUGCUACAGUGACAGGCCUUCCGGAGUGGGUUCCAAAGCGUGAUUCCUCUGCUCACUGGGAUCGCUUCUAUCUCACCGGUGAUUUGGGCUUCAUCAACGAAGCCGGUAACGUCGAGUACUGCACUCGCAAAGACACCCAGGUCAAGAUUCGAGGACAGCGACUCGAGCUUGGGGAGAUUGAGCAUCAUAUCCAAGCCAACCUCGAAGGUGUUCGACAGGUCGCCGUGGACGUCAUCAAGUCCGAUGCUGGUUCUACGCUCGUUGCUUUUGUUAGCUUCUCUGAUGCCACGGAACCAAUAGACUCUGACACAUCGGCUUUCCUGCCACUUUCCGGAGAUCUCCAAGCAACAAUCACCAGCCUGGUGGGAACUCUGGGCACUCUGAUGCCUCGAUACAUGGUGCCAAGUGCCUUUAUCCCAUGCGCUUACAUGCCCCUCGCAACGUCCACCAAGUUGGACCGCAAGAAAUUGAAAGAGCUUGCUGCCUCCCUGAGCCAGGAUGAACUGUCUAUCUACUCGCUCGCCAAUGAACAAAAGGCCGCUCCUCAGACUGCUAUGGAGAGCCGUAUCCAGGCGAUAUGGUCCCAGGUCUUAAACGUCAGCAUCGAUUCUAUCGGACGCGACGAUUCGUUCCUCCAGAUUGGUGGUGAUUCUAUCCUCGCUAUUCAGCUCGUUUCCGUUGCUCGGGAUGCCAACGUUAAGAUUACCGUUGGCGACGUGUUUGAUGAUCCCCGGUUGCUCGCUGUUGCCGCAAAGGCCACUGAACUUGACGAUAACGGCGAGGUCAUUGCUAACAUCGAGCCUUUUGGCCUUUUGGAUGAACCCUUGAAGGACCUGGUUCUGAGCCAGCGCAUCCAAGAGCAGUACAGCCUUCCAACUGAUCGCGAGAUUGAAGAUGCCUAUCCGUGCACGAAGCUCCAGGAGGGUCUCAUGGCUCUCGCCGUCAAACAGCCCGGUUCUUACAUUGCCAAGUUCCUCUACCGCCUCUCCAGCAACGUUGACGUCUCGCAUUUCAAGGCUUCUUGGGAAGAGACCGUUCGUCUCCUACCCAAUUUGCGCACCAGGAUCUUCACUGCCGGCAACAUGUCUAUUCAGGCCAUCCUCAAGGACGACAUCUCCUGGCAACCAACAGAAGGCGACUCUCUGCGAUCAUACAUGGGCUCAGCUCAGAACUUUGAGAUGACCUAUGGUUCGCCGCUGGCUCGAUAUGCCCUCAUCGAGGACAAUGGAGAUACUUAUUUCGUCCUGUCGAUGCACCACGCUGUCUUUGACGGUUGGGGCAUCAGGGUGUUGAUGAGCGUUUUCCAUUCUGUGUUCCGCAAGCAAGCCCCCGUUAUCGAGCCGUAUGUACGUUUCGUGCAGUACACCAUGGAUGUCAACAACGAUGAAGCUUCAGACUACUGGCGGUCUCAGUUCCAGGGUGCGAGACAAACCAUCUUCCCGCCCAAUGCAUCUGCAUCAGAGAGCAGGAAGAACAGCACUCAGACGGUCGAAAAGAUGAUUGAGCUGCCUAGCAUGAACAAGUCGUCUAUCACAAAGGCCACCAUGCUCCGAGCUGCCUGGGCUAUUGUCCUUUCCAGGUAUUGCGACAGUGACGAUGUUACUUUCGGCAUCACCAUCUCGGGCCGGCAGGCGCCUGUACAUGGCCUAAUCAACAUGACGGGUCCUGCUAUCGCAACUGUUCCCGUGCGUGUUGCUAUGGAUCGCAAGACGGUUGUCAAGGAUUACCUGCAGGCCAUCCAGAGCCAGGCAAAUGGCAUGGUUCCCUUUGAACAAUUCGGCCUGCAAAAUAUCUCUCGCCUUAGUGCUGAGGCUAAGGAUGCCUGCGACUUUGGCAGUCUCCUUGUCAUCCAACCCAUCCAAUCACUGGCCUACGUCGAUGAGAGUGCAGACACUGUCUUUAUCCCGCUUGACGUGGAUAAGGAGGUUACCGAUACCGUCCAGAAUUACUUCAGCUACCCCUUGGUCAUCCAAGGCCACAUGCAUGAAGACUUCAUCAACCUUGUGCUCAUCUAUGACACAGGUGUGUUAGCAGAGAGCCAGAUGGUUGCCUUGUCUCACCAAUUCGAGAAUGUCCUGAAGCAACUCGCGUCCAAGCCCGAUCUGGAGCUGGGCUCUGUAUCAAUGGCUGGUGACUGGGAUCUUGAAUUCUCCAAGAGACAGAACAGCGAGGUUCCCGAGAUCCUUGAUGUUUGUGUUCAUCAGCUUAUUGAGAAGCAAGCCGCUGCCCAGCCAGAUGCCCCUGCCGUCCUGAGCUGGGACCAUAGCUUUACGUACAAGCAGCUCAACGAAGCAUCCAACAGGCUGGCACAUCUCCUUGUCAACAAAUACCACGUCAAGCCCAACGACCUGGUUCACGUUUGCUUUGACAAGUGUGCUUGGCAUUUCGUCGCAAUAACUGCCAUCAACAAGGUUGGCGCAGCUUGGGUGCCACUUGAUCCCUCGCAUCCUGAAAUGCGACUUCGUCAAAUCGUUUCCCAGACUCGGGCCACUCUGACUCUUGUGUCUUCAUCUAAUGCAUCUCUAUGCUCUUCUCUUACUGAGAGGGUCAUAGAAGUCAAUGCAAGCCUUGAUAACGAGCUUCUGGCAGUGGAAAGCGGUGAAUAUGGCCCUUCUGUGGACGUCUCCUCGCACAGCGCCGCCUACGUGUUGUUCACGUCCGGUAGCACGGGCGUUCCAAAGGGUUUCGUUAUGGAGCACGGCUCUGUAUGUACGUCGCAGAUUGCUAUCGCCAGGAGACUUGGACUAGGACCAAACGUUCGGAUGCUGCAGUUCGCUGCAUUUGUCUUUGACUUGUCCAUCGGCGAGAUCGUUGGUCCGCUCAUCUCAGGUGCCUGCAUCUGUGUUCCUUCAGAAGACACUCGUAUAAAUGGCAUCGUUGCCUUCAUUAACGAGACGAAGGUUACUUGGGCCUACAUAACACCAUCCUUUGCCCGUACAAUCAAGCCGUCCGAAGUGCCUCACCUAGAGCUCCUGCUACUGGCUGGUGAAGCUGUCCCCCGGGAUGUUUUCGCAACUUGGUUUGGCAGCACUGUCCGCCUUAUCAAUGGCUGGGGGCCAGCCGAGACCUGCGUGUUCUCUACUCUCCACGAAUGGAAGUCUGCUGAUGAAAGUCCUCUGACAGUCGGUCGUCCGGUGGGUGGAUUCUGCUGGAUCGCUGACCCCGAGGAUCCUAGUCGACUUGCAGCAACCGGUACCCUAGGUGAAAUCCUUAUCCAAGGACCUACAAUCCUUCGGGAAUACCUCUCAGACGUCGCCAGAACGGAGGCUACGGUCAUCAAGUCCCUUCCGGAGUGGGCUCCCUUCCGCAACGAACCUGGCUGGGAUCGGAUGUAUAAGUCAGGAGAUCUUGGCUUCUACAACCCUGAUGGAACCAUUGAAUUCUCCAGUCGCAAGGAUACCCAAGUCAAGAUCCGUGGUCUGAGGGUCGAGUUAGGUGAAGUUGAACAUCACGUUCAGGUCGCUUUACCCGGCGUUAAACAAAUCGCUGUAGACGUCUUCCAGGGCGAAAACGGUACCAACCUCGUGGCCUUCUUCUCCUUCAAUGAUGAAACCCGCCAAAUCCAUGAAGCAGAUUCGUCCGGACCUUUUGAGCCGCUCGACGACAACUUGCAGGAUCGCCUUACUGCUGUCGUCGGUGAGCUUAGUGUAUCUCUGCCCCGAUACAUGAUUCCUACCCUCUUCAUCCCUUGCAAGUAUAUGCCGUCUAUCACGUCCACCAAGCUUGACCGGAACGAACUCAAGCGUCGCAGCACAGCACUUAGCCAGUCUGAACUCGCUGUGUAUUCGUUGCAGGGCGGAAAGAAGAGGGCUCCUGAGACACCAAUGGAGAGCCUCAUCCAAGCCCUUUGGUCAGACAUCUUGCACGUUCCGGCCGAUUCUAUUGGCCGUGACGACAGCUUUUUGGGCCUAGGUGGCGAUUCAAUUACUGCAAUCCACCUGGUCAGCAUUGCUCGUGAGAAGGGCAUUCAACUUGUUGUGAAGGACAUCUUUGACGAUCCUCGUCUCUUGGCCGUGUCCAGUAAAGCCAAGGAGAUGGACAUCGAGGCUCGACAAGAGCUGCUUGAGGUAUCGCCGUUCAGUCUUCUGAAUGCUGAAACUCAUGAUCUCGCUAUCGGUCCAAGUGUCAGACAGCAACUCAAUUUGCUCGAAGGCCAGACGAUUGACGAUGCGUACCCCUGUACCAAGCUUCAGGAAGGUCUCAUGGCCUUGUCAGUUACUCAACCGGGAUCCUACAUCGCGAGAUAUGUCUACCGUCUAUCCAGACAAGUCGAUGUUGCUCGCUUCAAGUCCGCCUGGGAAACCACUGUUGCUCUGCGUGAUAUCCUACGAACGCGGAUCGUCAUGAUUAACGGCACAUGCAUUCAACUGGUUGUCAAGGGUGGUGUCGUCUGGGAUCUUAUCGAUUCCGAGAGUCUGGAGGAAGCUGCCCACAAGACGCACUCUCACACCAUGACCUAUGGCUCGCAACUAUCCAGAACCUCCAUCUAUGAGACCAAGACUGGCGACAAGUACUUCCUGUGGACUGUUCAUCACGCCAUCCACGACGGCUGGUCUGUGCCUGUCAUCUUCAGCACUCUCUAUCAAGCUUAUGAAGGUCUGGAACUGGGGACUCCCAAGUCUUACUCCGGCUUCAUCCGAUACACUUUGGAGCUUGAUCAGGAGGCUGCUAGCAAUUACUGGAGAGAACAGCUGCAAGACGCCAAGCGGGCCAGUUUCCCCAAAACCGGACUCACGACAAAAUCCGCCGACAAUGAGCAGAAGAUUCAGGUCAUGUCGACUUCUCUCAGCUUCCCUUCAUCAUCCAACGAAGCUGUCACUAAGGCUAGCGUCAUGAGGGCUGCCUGGGCGGUUGUCCUUGCAAGAUACUGCGACAGUGAUGACGUCUGCUUUGGUGCCACCAUCUCUGGAAGACAGGCACCUGUGCAUGGUGUACUCGAGAUGGCCGGCCCGGCAGUUGCAACUGUGCCUGUGCGUGUGAAGCUGGACAAGGGCCAGAGCAUCCCUCAGUUCCUUCAAGUCAUCCAGAACCAAGCCCAUGAGAUGGUUCCAUAUGAGCAAUAUGGUCUACAAAGUAUUGCGAAGCUGGGAGCAGAUGCAAGAGAUGCUUGCGAUUUUACGUCUCUCUUGCUGAUCCAGCCUGUUCAGCGCCUUUCUUCGGGCGUUGCAGAUGAGGAGGGCCUCUUGGUUCCUGCUCAGUCAGAGAUCAAGGACAUGGUUCAGAACUACUACAGCUAUCCUCUCGUUAUCCAGGGUCACGUAUACGAUGACCGAGCUGAUCUCGUUUUGAUCUACGACUCAACGGUUGUUCCAGAGCCCCAGAUGACUGCUCUUUCUCACCACUUUGACAAUGUGGUGCAGCAGCUGUUGGCUGUGGAUGGCAAGUUGGGCGACAUUUCUGUUGCUGGUUCAUGGGAUCUUGAGCUUGCACAAAAGUCCAAUGGCGACGGACCCGAGAUCAUUGAGGACUGCAUCCACUCCAUCAUUGAGAGACAGGUCCAACAGAGGCCAAACUCACCUGCCGUCGAUGCUUGGGACGGACGUCUGACCUACAGCCAGCUGGAUCACGCCGCCAAUAGGCUCGCUCACCUGCUUGUUGAUGACUAUGCGGUUCAAGUUGGCGACAUUGUGCACGUCUGCUUUGAAAAGUCGAUGUGGUACAUUGUGGCUAUUCUCGCGAUCAACAAGGCCGGUGCCGCCUGGGCACCCCUCGAUUCUGCGCAUCCUUUCCAGAGACUCCAGGCUGUUGCUAAGCAAACCGGUGCCAAACUGGCCCUUGCUUCGACUGCAAACGCCGGACUCUGCAAGCAGCUUGUGGAUCGUGUGAUUGAAGUGUCGGCAGCUCUCGACGAAAAGCUCUCGUCCAACGCCGUCAGCAGCGGAAAGGGACCUCAAGUCAAUGUAUCCCCUCUAGAUGCUGCGUAUAUCCUGUUCACAUCUGGUUCCACUGGUACACCAAAGGGUAUCGUGAUGCAACAUGGAGCACUCUGCACAAGUCAAACGGACAUCAGUCGAUGGCUGGGCCUUGACCACACCGUCAGGAUGCUGCAAUUCUCAUCGUUUGUGUUCGAUGUGUCUGUCGGUGAGAUCAUGGAGCCGUUGAUGAACGGUGCCUGUGUCUGUGUUCCUUCGGACCACAUGCGUCUCAACAGCCUCGAUGUCUUUGUCCGCGAUUUCAACGUGACUUGGGCGUAUCUGACCCCGUCAUUUACGCGCACCUUGAAGCCGGAAGACUUCCCUGGACUCGAGCUUCUGUUGCUUAUCGGAGAAGCCGUCACUCAGGAUGUCCUCGAUACGUGGUUUGGUCUUCCUAACACCCGCUUCGUCAACGCUUGGGGUCCUGCAGAGACGUGCGUUUUCAGCACACUGUAUGACUGGCAGUCCAAUACUGAGUCUCCCUUGACGAUUGGACGAGCUGUUGGUGCGUAUGUGUGGGUUGUGGAUGCUGAGAAUCCCCAGCGGCUCGCUCCUACAGGCUGCUUAGGCGAAAUCGUCGUUCAAGGCCCUCCACUCCUCAGGGAAUAUCUUGCUGAUCCUUCGAAAACGGCGGCUGCUACUGUGACGGAGCUCCCUGAGUGGGCUCCCCGACGAGAAUUGACCAAAUGGAACCGCUUCUACCGGACUGGUGACCUGGGCUUCUACAGUCAUGAUGGUCUGCUUCACUAUGCCAGCCGCAAGGACACUCAAGUCAAGAUUCGUGGAUUGCGUGUUGAGUUGGGCGAAGUUGAACACCAUAUCCGAAGCUCGUUGGAUGGUGUUCGCCAGGUUGCUGUCGACGUCUUCAAGACUGAGACGGGAGCCAACUUGGUGACCUACUUCUGCUUUACCGAUGACACCAAGACUCCUGGCCCUGACACCGAUCCUGAGGGCAAAGAUGUGUUCAUGUCUAUUGACGCUGCCCUACAGGAGAAGCUGGGCAACAUGUUGAGCAAAUUGAACUCAUCACUGCCUGGGUACAUGAUUCCAACACUCUUUAUCCCUUGCGACUACAUGCCUCUCAUCUCGUCUGCCAAGUUGGACCGUGUCAAGCUUCGUCGCAUCACAGCCGAGCUCAGUCAAGAUCAACUGGAAUCCUAUUCGUUGCUUGACACCGAUAAACGGGCGCCCGAGACGGAAAUGGAGAUUCGUCUCCAGAAGCUCUGGGCUGAGAUCCUCAACUUACCGGAAUCCUCGAUUGGCCGAGACGACAACUUCCUACGAAUUGGUGGUGACUCGAUUGCUGCUAUUCGUCUUGUUUCAAUGGCCCGCGACGUCGGAAUCAGCCUGACAGUUGACGACAUCUUCAAUGACGCUCGUCUGAUUUCAAUUGCUGCCAAAGCUGUUGAUGGCGAUGUAUAUAGCUCCAUCAUGGCGCCGAUUGAUGCAUUCAGCCUCUUGUCACCCGGAACUGGAGACUUGGUUCUGCCCUCAGCUCUCCCCGAAGGGCAGGUUAUCGAAGAUGCUUACCCUUGCAGCAAGCUUCAAGAAGGUCUCAUGGCUCUCGCUGUGAAGCAACCGGGCUCAUACAUCGCCAAGUAUGUCUACAAGCUCCCAGAGCAUGUGGACGUUGUCAAGUUCAAAGCGGCUUGGGAGCGCACAGUGGAGUUGUCCAGCAUCUUGCGCACUCGCAUCAUCCAGAUCAACGGCCGUUCGAUCCAGGUUGUCAUCAAUGGUGAUGUAACCUGGGAUGAGACUGAUGGCAGCUUGCAGCCGUGCCUUGCUCGUGCUCAAUCUCUCGAGAUGGGCUACGGUGAUCGUCUUUGCCAGUACGCUCUCAUUCGAGAUGGCAACAGCACAUAUUUCAUGUGGAAUGUGCACCAUGCUGUCAUUGAUGGUCUGUCAACUCAAAACAUUCUGGCCACGCUUUUCAGGCUCUACAGCGGCAUCGACGUGUUGUCAGUUCCCCCAUUUGCGCGCUUCAUCAAGUACAUUCUCGGUCUCGAUGAAGAGGUCACAGCCAACUAUUGGAAGACGCAGCUGUCCAACGCCCGCAAGGCCAUUUUCCCGCCCUCAAAGGAUGCCUCCAAUGACAAGCCAGAGGCUACUCGAACGUUGGAGACGUCUAUUGAUCUUCCUUCCAGCAUCAAGAACUCAACCAUCACAAUGGCCACAGUUGUCCGAUCUGCCUGGGCCAUCGUGCUUGCGAGGUACUGUGAGACUGACGAUGUGACAUUUGGUACUACAAUCUCAGGUCGGCAGGCUCCUAUCCCCGAGGUCAUGGAAAUGGUCGGUCCUAUUAUUGCCACCGUGCCAGUCCGCGUCCGUAUUGAUCGCCGUCAGCUCGUCUCGGAGUUCCUCGAAGGCGUGCAGAAGCAAGCUGUGGAGAUGACGGCCUUUGAACAGUACGGCCUUCAAAAUAUCGCCAGGCUGAGUGAGGACGCGCGUGAUGCUUGUGACUUUGGCAGUCUUCUCGUGGUCCAGCCUAUGCAGCAUCUUGGUGGCGCCGGCAACGACGAUGCCAUCUUGGUCGAUGCUGCAAUUCCGGACAAUAGUUCUGCUGAGUCUCUCCGGAACUAUUUCUCUUAUCCCCUUGUCAUCCAGGCUCACUUGUACGAUGAUCAUGUCAACCUUGUGCUGGUCUACGACUCGAACGUCAUCCCAGAGGCUCGACUGGUGGCAUUAUCGCAUCACCUCAGUCAUGUUAUGACACAGUUGACCACCACUGAGCCAGCUGCCUUGGACACUGUGUCAGUCUCUUCGCCAUAUGACGUCCAGAAGGCAUUGUCAUUCAAUACUGAAGUCCCAGAGGUCAUUGACGCCUGCAUUCAUGAAUUGUUCGAACAACAGGCCAGUUUGCGUCCGCAAGCGCCAGCUAUUGCCGCUUGGGACGGCAACUUAACCUACGACGAGCUUAACAAAGCAGCUAACAAGUUGGCUCACCACCUCGUCAACGUCUAUGGUGUCAAGCCUAACGAUUUCGUACACGUUUGCUUCGAGAAAUCAGCUUGGUACAUCGUCUCGAUCCUUGCAAUCAACAAAGCUGGCGCCACUUGGGUCCCCUUGGAUCCCUCCCACCCUGAGCAACGAUGGCAGUCUAUCAUCAGCCAAACAAAGGCCACUCUUGCUCUGGUCUCGCCGGGUAGUGUUGGCCCCCUAUCACGCUUGAUCGACAAUGUUGUCGCGGUUGAUUCGAACCUCGAUAGCUUGCUUCCUGAACAUGACGCGGCACGAGGCCUCAGUGUGUCAAUCUCCCCUAGUACAGCUGCAUACGUGCUGUUUACUUCGGGUUCAACCGGCACUCCCAAGGGAUUCAUCAUCGAGCACAGGUCGAUAUGCACAAGCCAGAAGGCGUUCAACAAGAGGCUACGCUACCAUGAAAACGUGCGCGUCUUACACUUUGCGGCUACUGUUUUCGAUCUCUCGAUUGGUGAAAUCAUCAUGUCGCUUCUAAAAGGAGCGUGUCUAUGUGUUCCUUCUGAGCACACUCGAUUGAAUGGCAUCGUCGACUUUAUCCGCGACAUGAAGAUCAAUUGGCUCUAUCUCACGCCCUCUUUCUUGCGAACGAUAGAUCCAAGCCAGGUUCCCAAUGUCGAAUUGAUUCUCCUGGCAGGCGAAGCUGUGCCGCGCGAGGUUUUCGAGACCUGGUACGGACGCGUUCGUCUGUUGAACGGCUGGGGUCCAGCGGAAACAUGUGUCACGAGCGCCAUCCAUGAGUUUGAAUCUGCUGACGACUCACCGUUGACCGUCGGUCGCCCUGUGGGUGGCUUCUGCUGGAUUGUUGAUCCAGAGAACCCACAGCUUCUUGCGCCGACAGGGACCGUGGGCGAGGUCGUCAUCCAAGGACCAACAUUGCUUCGCGAGUAUUUGGAUAACCCCGAAAAGACGCAAGAGACAACAGUCUAUGAGCUACCUGACUGGGCACCCCGUCCCGAUGAGAAGAACUGGAGUAGGUUCUACAAGACGGGCGAUUUGUGCUUCUACAACCCGGAUGGCACUAUUGAGUUUUCCUCUCGUAAGGACACACAGGUCAAGAUUCGCGGUCUCCGUGUCGAGCUUGGCGAAAUCGAGUACCAUGUUCAAGCAUCGCUGGAAGGAAUCCGUCAAAUUGCUGUGGACGUCGUCAAAACCGACAACGGCUCUCACUUGGUCGCUUAUCUGUGCUUCAACGAUCAGAUGCGUCAACCUGACGAAGCUGAGGUCAACGGGCCAUUUACCCCUAUCGAUGCUGAGCUUCAAGACAAGCUCAUUGGCGCAGUCAGCAUGUUGAAUGUGACGCUCCCGAGGUAUAUGAUUCCGACAUUCUAUAUCCCGUGCAGCUACAUGCCCUACAACACAUCUGGUAAGCUGGAUCGAAGGGAGCUCAAGACGCAAACUGCUGCUCUAGGCCAGUCCGGACUGAGCAAUUUCUCACUACACGGCGUUGAUAAGCGUGCCCCCGAGACGCCGAUGGAGAUUGAGCUACAGAAGGUCUGGUCAACGGUCCUGUCUCUCCCGACCGACUCGAUUGGCCGUGAUGAUAGCUUCCUUGGCUUGGGCGGUGAUUCAAUCAUGGCUAUCCAUCUUGUCAGCGCGUGCCGCGAAGCUGGCAUCUCCCUUACCGUCAAGGACGUUUUUGAUGAUCCUCGCCUGUCCGCGGUUGCUUCUAAGGCUUCCCGCCUUGACUCUACGGAUCAAGAGACCUCCGUCGCGCCUUUCAGUUUGUUGCCCGACCGUAUCCGCGAGAUGGCGCUCAGCAACGAUGUCCGAUCACAAGUUUCAUUGUCCGCCAGCGACUCAGUGGAAGAUGCCUACCCUUGCUCAAAACUCCAGGAUGGUCUGAUGGCCUUGUCCGUCAAGCAGCGAGGCUCCUAUGUCGCACAGUAUGUGUACAAGCUGUCGACCAGUGUCGACCUCGAGAGAUUCAAGGCUGCUUGGGAGAAGACACUCCAGCUUUGUGCAAACCUUCGCACCCGUAUCGUCAUGCUUGAUGGCAUUUGCGUUCAACUACUGAUCGAUGGCCCGGCGGAAUGGGACGACCAAUCUCCAACGGACUUGAAGGCCACUGUUGAUGCGACUCGCACUGACAUGACCUACGGCUCUCGUCUUAACCGUUUUGCUCUUGUCCAGGAUCCCGAGUUUGGCAACCACUUUGUCUGGUCAUCACACCACGCCGUUCAUGACGGUUGGACCCUUAGAAUUGUCAUGAAUACUCUGUACGGAGUCUAUCUAAACCAAACGGCACCUCGUCUUCUCCCGUAUUCCGCCUUUAUCCGCUACACAGUCAACAUCAACGCGGACGAUGCCAAUGCCUUUUGGAGCGAGCAGCUGAGGAACGCGAAGCGUGCCACGUUUCCACCAAUGCCCCGUAUCGAGUCCCAUGCUAGCAUCACUCGCAUGAUGAACAAGACGAUUUCCUUCCCUCCCUCCGUCAAGACAACGACUACGAAGGCUACUAUUCUCCGUGCUGCUUGGGCCAUUCUCCUAGCCCGUUACUGUGAUUCUGACGAUAUCACGUUUGGAACCACAAUUUCUGGCCGUCAAGCUCCUGUGCCGGGCCUCACGGAAAUGCCAGGCCCAGUCGUUGCAACAGUCCCGAUUCGCGUUCGCAUUGAUGCCAGCCAGCCAGUGUCUCGCUUCCUGAGCAAGAUACAGUCACAAGCAACUGACAUGAUUGCCUAUGAACAGUUCGGUCUGCAGAACAUCAUCAAGCUGGGUGCUGACGCUAAGGAUGCCUGCGAGUUCUCUUCUCUUCUCGUCAUCCAGCCUCGAACUCACUUGGAUGCAAUUGAGAGCAAGGAAGCUUCUGAUCCCCUGAUGACGACUUCGGUGGCGGCAAAGGGCGCUGAGCAACUCAUGCAAGGCUAUUUUACGUACCCCCUUGUGAUCCAAGGCCACGUUUUUGACGACUCUAUUGAGCUCCUUUUGACGUAUGACUCGACCAUCCUGUCGGAAGUCGCCAUGGAAGCUCUUUGCCAUCAAUUUGACGUUGUCUCUAACCAGCUGGUCAAGGAAUCCAAUGACCCUCUUGGUUCCGUCGCCGUCUCUGGUGAAUGGGAUCUCGAGCAAGCAAAGAAGUGGAACGUUGAGAAUCCCGACAUCCUCGACACAUGCAUCCACAACCUCAUCGAAGAGCAAGCACGCAUCAGACCAGACGCACCGGCCAUUUGCGCUUGGAAUGGUGAGAUGAGCUACAGCCAGCUCAACUUCGCUGCUAACAAGCUUGCCCAUCACCUUCUCAACGCCGGCGUCAAGUCCGAGGACUUGGUACACGUUUGUUUUGAGAAGUCGCUGUGGUUCUUUAUCUCCAUUGUCGCAAUUAACAAGGUGGGCGCAGCUUGGGUGCCGCUUGAUUCAUCUCACCCUGAGCAGCGUCUGCGCCAAGUCGUGAGCCAGACUCGUGCCCAAUUUGCGUUGUCUUCUCCUACCAAUGCCGCUCUUUGUGGAAGCCUCGUCGACAAGGUCAUCGAAGUGUCACAAGGCCUCAUCGACAGUUUCCCGUACGAUGGUGCCAAUGGACCGGCCAUCAAGGUACCAUCAAGCAACGCUGCAUAUGUCCUCUUCACUUCGGGCAGCACAGGAACGCCAAAGGGUCUUGUUAUGCAGCACCAAGCCGUCUGUACCAGUCAAGCCGCCAUCGCUAAAAGGCUUCGCCUGACGCCUGAUGUGAGAAUUCUCCAAUUCGCCGCAUACGUCUUCGAUUUAUCGAUUGGAGAGAUCGUUGCUCCCUUAAUCCAUGGAGCUUGUGUAUGUGUGCCAUCGGAGGAGAUGAGAAUGAAUGGGCUGAAGGAAUUCAUCCGGGACGCAUCCAUCAACUGGGUAUUUUUGACGCCUUCCUUUGUUCGAACGCUGCGGCCUGAAGACGUACCCAAUCUUGAUCUACUGCUCCUUGCCGGUGAAGCCGUGGGAAGAGAUAUCCUCGACACAUGGUUCGGUAAGGUACGCUUGGUCAAUGGCUGGGGUCCUGCUGAAACGUGUGUCUUCUCCACGCUACACGAGUGGGCUUCCAUUGACGAGUCUCCAUUGACUGUUGGAACACCUGUCGGAGGUCACUGUUGGAUCGUGGACGCCGAGGACUCCAGCAAGCUGGCGCCAAUCGGCUGCUUGGGUGAAGUCGUUCUUCAGGGCCCAACGCUACUUCGUGAGUAUCUUGCUGAUCCUCAGAGGAGCAAGGAGGCCAUCAUCACCUCGUUGCCGUCAUGGGCGCCAAAGCAAGACAGUCAGCCUUGGAGCCGCUUUUACAAGUCCGGCGACUUGUGCUACUACAACCCUGACGGCACGCUCGAAUUCUAUAGCCGCAAGGAUACCCAGGUCAAGAUUCGUGGCCUCCGUGUGGAACUGGGCGAGGUUGAACACCACAUUCGUGAAUCGCUUGAAGGUGUCCGACAGGUGGCUGUAGAUGUGUUGAAGUCAGAAACAGGUACUAACCUGGUCUCAUACCUCUGCUUCAACGACGACUCUCAGCCCGUCUCGUCAGAGCUUCAAGCAAGCGAUGUCUAUCUCCCCCUUGAUGCCGACAUCCAGACUCGCAUCACGGCCAUGGUUGGCGAGCUUAGUGUGACCCUUCCACGGUAUAUGAUUCCCACGCUGUUCAUUCCUUGCAAAUUCAUGCCUGUCAUUACCUCCACCAAGUUGGACAGGAAAACACUCAAGGCAAUGACGGCGUCCCUAGACAGGGAUCAGCUAGCACACUACUCGCUGAUUGAUAGCAAGAAGAGAGCUCCCGAGACCGAGAUGGAAACCCGCCUCCAGGUCAUCUGGGCCGACAUCCUCGGUCUUCCUGUCGACUCGAUUGGCCGUGACGAUAGCUUCCUCCAGAUUGGAGGUGAUUCUAUUACUGCAAUCUACUUGGUGUCUAAGGCCCGUGAAGCCGGCAUCUCGCUUGUUGUCAAGGAUGUCUUUGAAGACUCGCGUCUGCUUGCCGUUGCUUCCAAGGCCGUCUUCUCGGAAUACGCCCAAGAGGAUCAGGAGCCCGUCGUACCCUUCAGCCUCUUGAACGAACAGACCCGUGCCCUCGUGCUUGGCGGCGAGGUUCGCAAACUGUGCGGCCUUGCUGAAGAUCAGAUCAUCGAAGAUGCUUAUCCUUGCACGUCACUGCAGGAAGGUCUGAUGGCCUUGACCGUGAAGCAACCGGGCUCGUACGUUGCCAAGUAUGUUUACAAGCUUGCGCCCUUCGUCGACGUCGAUCGCCUCAAGGCUGCGUGGAGCCGCACUGUUGAGCUCUGCGGCAACAUGAGAACGCGAAUCGUUCUGCUAAAUGGCUCGCCUGUCCAACUGCUCCUUAAGGAGGACAGCCAGUGGCAGUCACUGGAGGCCGAGACACUUGCCUCAGUUGCCACGUCUUCUCGCGACUUGAUGAUGGGCUAUGGAUCACCUCUUUGCUGGUACGGAAUUCUCGAAGAGAACGAUGCUCGAUAUCUGGUGUGGUCGGCCCAUCAUUCCAUCUACGAUGGCUGGGUGAUGCGUAUCCUGGUGACUACCCUAUACACGGUAUAUCACGGCGCGGAAGUCACGCCUUUGCAGCCCUAUUCCGGCUUCAUCAAGUACAAUAUGGAGCUGGAUAGUGCUUCUUCCGCUGAGUUUUGGCGAGAGCAAUUGUCAGGCUCCAAGAGGGCGGCAUUCCCAGCCCGACAGCCCGCUGCCACAUCAUCGUCCUCAACGCAGAUAUUCAAAUCCAGCAUCAGCAUUGGACAAGCCAAACAGAGCAGCAUCACAAAGGCCUCUAUUUUAAGGGCUGCCUGGGCUAUCGUUCUUGCGAGAUACUGCGAUACCAACGAUGUUAGCUUUGGUGCGACUGUGUCGGGUCGCCACGCUCCUGUGGCUGGUCUCGAGACCAUGCCCGGUCCUAUGAUUGCGACUGUCCCAGUUCGCGUUCACUUGGAUCGUGCUUCCACCAAGUCCCAGUUCCUUGCAAGCAUCCAAAGCCAGGCCCACGAGAUGGUUCCUUAUGAACAGUUUGGUCUUCAAAACAUCUCAAAGGUAAGCCAGGAUGCUAGGGAUACUUGCGAUUUCUCAAGCUUGCUCGUCAUCCAACCCCCUGCGACCACCAUCUCAGAAGAGGACUCCAAGACCAACAUCCUCGUCUAUGGUGACGCGGAACAGAGCCGCACGGAUGACGCUAUGCAAAACUACUUCAACUAUCCUCUCGUCAUUAUCAUGAACACCUUUGAGGAUCACAUUCUGCAGCGCUUCUUCUACAACCCAGACGUCCUGGACGAGGCUCGAGUGUCUGCUUUGUCGCAGCACAUUGGCCAUGUUGUUGAGCAGCUUCUGGCAUCAAGCGAUGAAGCCCUCGACAGCAUUGACCUCGUCAGCGACUGGGACGUGCAGCACGCUGUGGAAUCCACACGGCUGAAGCCGUCAACCGAGUCAUGUACGCAUUGGCUCAUCCGAGAUCGCAUUGAGAAGCAGCCCAGCGAUCCCGCUAUUGCUUCUUGGGAUGGCGAUCUCACAUAUGAAGAGUUGGGCGUCUUAGCAUCCCGUCUUGCGUGGAAACUUCAAGGCCUCGGCGUUGGACCCGAGUCCCUCAUUCCAUUGUGCUUCCCCAAGUCUACCUGGGCAGUUGUUGCAAUGGUUGCUAUUGAGAUGGCUGGUGGUGCCUUCGUUCCCCUUGACCCUAAGGCGCCUGUUGCUCGUCUUCGUGGUAUCAUUGAAGACACCAAGUCAACCCUGGCAGUUGCCAGCCCGUCAUGCCAGGAUGCUCUUCAUGAGAUUGGCAUCGAUGUGUUGGCCGUCGACGAGGCUCUCCUGCUGGAGUUAUCCGACCCCGUGGAGGGCAUUCAGUCAAAGGCAGGGCCAAAGGACGCAAGUGUUGUGUUGUUCACCUCAGGAUCAACCGGAAAGCCCAAGGGAAUGGUUAUCCAGCACAACAGCUUAUGCUCAUCUGGAAAUGCGUACGGCCAGGACCUCAACAUCGGACCUGGAACGCGUGUCUUCCAAUUCUCUGCCUAUACCUUCGACGUUGGUGUACUUGACUGCCUCGUUUCUCUCAUGCGGGGUGCGACGAUAUGCAUUCCUUCAGACCAUGCUCGCCUCAAUGACCUUGCUGGAGCUAUGACUGCAACCAAGGCCAAUUGGGUGUUCCUUACACCUACGGUUGCGGAUCUUCUUUCACCAGCAGAUGUUCCAUAUCUCAAGGUCCUCUGCUUGGGUGGUGAAGCCAUUAGCAAGAAGUGUGCAGACCGAUGGAUCAACUACACUGAGCUCCAUGGCUUAUACGGCCCUGCUGAGGCUUCCAUCUGUGCCUGGAACCCAAGUGUUGGCAAGUCUGGGCGGUCAACCAACCUCGGAAGACCGAUAUCAUCAGCCUUCUGGGUAGUCGAGCCCAAUAACCAUAAGCAACUUGUCCCCGUUGGUUGUAUUGGUGAGCUCUUGAUCGAAGGGCCAAUGCUCGCUCGAGGAUAUCUCAACGUCAGUGCCGACGUUGCUUCCAACUGGAUGGAUAACGUCGACUGGCUCCCGGGAAGCGACAAGAAGAGAGUCUACAGGACAGGUGACUUGGUUCGCCGCAACGCUGACGGAACGUUUGAGUUUAUGGGCCGUAAAGAUACACAAGUGAAGCUCCACGGUCAACGUGUUGAGCUUGGCGAAAUCGAGGCCCGUAUCCACGAAUUCCUCCCCAGUGACAUGGCUGCUAUCGUCGCCGUUGUCAAGGACGAACACGGCCAUGACAGCUUGCUUGCUUUCAUGUGGUACACCGAAGGGGUCGUUGCCUCUCGAUCGACCGCCCAUCUCAUGGAGGUUGUCUCAGACGAGGCGCGUGCCACCAUCUCUCAUGUUGACUCUUCCCUCGAAAUGGUGCUGCCUUCAUACAUGAUUCCAUCGUCUUAUCUGGUAUUCGAGGGCAAGCCUGAACAAACCGUCAAUGGCAAAGUUGACCGAAAAGCACUGCUGGCUCACGCUCAGAACUUAUCAACACAAGAUCGUCUGCGAUUCGCGCCUGUUGUUGGCAAGAGUGAGCCACCGAGCACCCCCAUGGAGUUCAGGCUCAGAGACCUCUGGGCUCAGGUGUUGCAGAUUGACGCUGAGUCUAUUAGCAAGAAUGAUAGCUUCCUGCGUAUUGGAGGUGACUCUAUCAGCGCAAUCCAGCUCGUCUCUUUGGCCCAGCAGAAUAACAUUGGCCUCACGGUAGCUGCCAUCUUUAACGAUCCUCGCUUAUCCCACAUGGCUGAGGCUGCCAACGUUGACGACAUCAUGCCCGUCUAUGAGACUAAGCCAUUUAGUAUCAUCCCGGCUUCGGCUAUGGAUGAGGUUCUCGCCCAAGUACGCUCUCAGUGCGACAAUCUCUCAGAGACAGCCAUCAUCGAAGAUGCUUAUCCCUGCACUCGAUUACAAGAAGGGUUGAUGAUCCUGGCUGUGAAGCAACCUGGGUCAUACGUCGCCAAGCAUGUGUAUCGCCUUUCUGAUAACAUCAACGUCGCGCGAUUCAAGCGCGCGUGGGAUCAGACCGUUGAAGCCUGUGCAGCGCUGCGGACGCGAAUCGUCCUUGUUGACGGCUCAGCUUACCAAGCCGUCAUCAAAGACUCUGUGAAAUGGCAGACAGCAUCCGACAUUCGUUCAUUCUCCAUGUCUCCGGACAACACUCAAAUGGGCUACGGCUCCCCUCUAUGCCGGUACGCGCUUAUUGAGCAGAAUGGUGAGAGGUACUUCGUUUGGAAUACUCAUCACACGGUAUAUGACGGGUGGACUUUGCCCCUGAUCAUGGGCACGCUUCACGCUUUCUACAGCGGCACUGAUGCCCCUCCACUCCUCCCCUAUUCUGGCUUCGUCAAGUAUGUGACGGAAAUGGACUCUGCGGCUGCUAGUGAGUAUUGGACUCAACAGCUUGAGGGUGCUAGGAAGACUACUUUCCCUCCUGGAGCUGAAGCCGUCAAGACCAAGAAAUCGCAGAUGUCAACCAGGGUCAUGCGCAACACGGUCCAAUUCCCACGGUCGACUAAUACGUCAAUCACGAAGGCUUCUGUCCUUCGAGCCGCCUGGGCGAUUGUGCUCGCACGGUAUAACGAUACUGACGAUGUCUGCUUCGGAUCUACAGUCUCCGGCCGCCAUGCUCCUGUACCAGGAAUCGAGCGAAUGCCUGGCCUUGCGGUCGCGACUGUCCCUGUCCGCGUCAAGCUGGAUCAGAAGCAGUCCCUGGAUGCCUUCAUGGAGGGUAUUCAGUCGCAGGCCUCUGAGAUGGUCGCAUAUGAGCAAUUCGGCAUUCAGAACAUAUCCAAAUUGAACGCCAAGGCUAAGGAGGCUUGCGAUUUCACCAGCUUGUUGGUUGUACAACCGACCCAGCACAUCACUUCGACUGGAAACGCCAGCGAAGAAGCCCUCCUUACUGCCGCAGCAACGGACGACAUUGCUGCUGACGAGAUGCUGGACAACUAUUUCAACUACCCCUUGGUCCUGCAGUGUUACGUGCUUGAUAACCAAGUCGAGCUUGUCCUCGUCUAUGACUGCGAUGUCAUUGCUGAGCAUCAACUCGUUGGCUUGUCCCACCAGUUCCAGCAUGUAGUUACCCAACUGCUUAGCCAGGAUGGUCCUCUAUCUGCUGUUUCUGUAGCAAGUGAAUGGGACCUUGAGUUUGCUCAGGCGUCCAAUCACGAUGAGCCUGCUGUUGUUGACGACUGCAUCCACAACAUGAUCGAGCAACGAGCCCUGAUGAACCCCAACGCUGAGGCCGUCAGUGCCUGGGACGCCCGCUUUACCUACGCUGAGUUGGACCGGUCUGCUAAUAUACUGGCAAACCAUCUGAUCCAAUCAAGGGGCGUUCAAGUAGGCGACUUGGUCCACGUGUGCUUCGAGAAGUCGGCUUGGUAUGUCGUAUCAAUCUUGGCCAUCAACAAAGCGGGUGCAGCUUGGAUUCCACUGGAUCCGUCACAUCCUGCCGAACGCCACCAACAAGUGGUUGGGCAAACUCGCUCCAGAUUGGCCCUCACGUCGCCCGCAAAUGCUGCCAAGUGUGCCAACCUUGUAGCCAACGUUUUGGAGGUGACGAGAGGGCUCCUCGAUGACCUGGAAACGCAAGUCAACCAUGCAAGGCCAGUCACAAGUGUCGGUCCUCAAGAUGUGGCCUAUAUACUGUUCACGUCCGGAUCGACUGGUGUUCCCAAGGGCGUUGUUAUGGAACACGGAGCUCUCUGCAGUAGCCAGACGUCCAUCAGCAAGCGACUUGGCUAUGCACCUGGUGUGCGGAUGCUUCAAUUCGCCUCGUUUGUCUUCGACGCCUGUAUUGGCGAGAUAAUCGCUCCACUGAUCUCGGGCUCCUGCGUCUGUAUCCCGUCAUGGGAGACACAGAUGAACUCACUGACCAGCUACAUCCGCGAGGAAAAUGUUACUUGGGCCAUGCUCACCCCGUCGUUUGCCCGUACCAUGGAUCCUAGCGAGGUACCUUGCUUGGAGCUCCUGAUCCUGAUCGGCGAGGCUGUCAGCCGCGACGUAUUCGAGCUGUGGUUCGGCAAGCUCCGUCUACUCAACGGUUGGGGUCCUACGGAAACGUGUGUCUUUGGUGCUCUGCACGAGUGGCAGUCCAUCGACGAAUCUCAGAUGACCAUCGGUCAACCAGUCGGUGGUUACUGCUGGAUAGUCGACCCUGAAGAUCCGCAGAGAUUAGCCCCUACAGGCACCUUUGGUGAGGUUGUUAUUCAAGGGCCUAAUCUGCUUCGCGAGUAUCUUGCCGAUGAGGUCAAGACGGCUUCAUCAACUGUUCCUGUCCUCCCAGAAUGGGCUCCCAACAGGCAUUUGCGUCAUUGGAACCGGUUCUAUAAGACAGGCGAUCUGGCGAUGUACAACCCAGAUGGAACCAUUCAGUACUACAGCCGCAAGGACACGCAGGUCAAGAUCCGAGGUUUGAGAGUGGAAUUGGGCGAAGUCGAACACCACGUACGACAGAAUCUCGACGCCGUCCAACAAGUUGCUGUGGACGUGUUCAAGACGGAUUCUGGCGUCAACCUCGUUUCGUUUGUGUGCUUCAACAACGACACCCUCCCGGCCAGCAUGACUGGCGAUAUCACCAGCAAGGACAUCAUCACGCCCUUGACGGGCGAGCUCAAGGAGAGCAUCAACAGCCUUCUGGGUCGUCUAAACGUCCUCUUACCGGGAUACAUGAUUCCUACGUUGUUCAUCCCAUUCAAGGCCAUGCCACUCGUCACAUCUGGCAAGCUUGAUAGGAAGCUUCUGUUGAAGCUUACUGCUUCGCUUGAGAAGGAGCAGCUAGAGGAAUAUGCCCUCACUGGCGGUGACAAGAGAGAGCCCGAGACUGAGUUGGAAUACCGCUUACAGGAGCUAUGGGCUACUCUGCUGAAUAUGCCAGCUUCCGCCAUUGGCCGCGAUGACAGCUUCCUGCGGAUUGGCGGUGACUCAAUUGCCGCCAUCCGCCUUGUCUCCAAGGCCCGUGAGAGCGGCAUAUCUCUCAGUGUUGAUGACAUCUUCAGUGAUCCCCGCCUCCUAGCUGUCGCAGCUAAAGCUACCGACUCAGCAGCUGAAAUCGAGGAUAUUGUCCCAAUUGAGCCGUUCAGCCUCAUUAAUGAGGCUCAACACUCCAUGGUCCUUAGCAGUUCCUCGGACUUGCACCUGUCAGCCGACAUGGAAAUCGAAGAUGCCUACCCCUGCUCAAAGCUCCAGGAGGGUCUGAUGGCUUUGGCUGUGAAGCAACCUGGCUCGUACAUUGCCAAGUACCAUUACCGCCUGCCUUCCCACAUCGACGUGGCCCGGUUCAAGCGUGCCUGGGAGAUGACUGUUGAGACGUGUGCCAACAUGCGGACUCGCAUCAUCACCGUUGGUGGGAUGACGAUUCAGACGGUCAUCAAGAACGACAUUGCUUGGGAGGAUACUACUGGUAUGACUCUCAUGUCGUAUGUACGUGCCACCCAGAAGACCGAGAUGGGCUACGGUUCUCGUCUCUGCCGUUACGCCUUGGUCGAAGAGGAGGGCCAGGAUGUCCAGUUUGUCUGGAGCAUUCACCACGCCGUCUUCGACGGUUGGACAACGCCCAUCAUCAUGAGCGCUUUACACAGCGCAUACAGAGGUCUGGAGAUGCCCAAGAUUGAGAACUACGCCAGGUUCAUCAAGUAUACGAUGGACAUCAACUACCAAGACGCCAGUGAGUAUUGGAUGAGGGAGCUUCACGACGUGAAGAAGGCUACUUUCCCGUCGUCUGUUUCCGUUGAAGCAUCGGACAAGGGCGAUGUCACAAAGUUCAUGGAGACCAGAAUCGACCUGCCCCGAAACGACGUCGGUGUCACAAAGGCCACUAUUCUUCGUGCUGCUUGGGCUGUGGUCCUUGCACGCUACUGCGAUACCGAUGAUGUUUGCUUCGGCACAACAAUUUCAGGUCGACAAGCCCCUAUUGCCGGGCUCAUGGAGAUGCCUGGUCCAGUCAUCGCGACUGUGCCAAUCCGCGUUCGAUUGGACCGACAGAAGACCGUUGACGACUUCCUUCAAGGCGUGCAAGACCAAGCUACCAAGAUGGUCGCCUACGAGCAAUUCGGCCUUCAAAGCAUCGGCAAACUGAGCGCUGACGCAAAGGACGCGUGUGACUUUUCAUCGCUCCUGGUUAUCCAGCCUCUCCAGACUCUGAUCUACAACGACGAUGACGAGCAGGCUCUACUGGCUGCUUCAGCAGCUGCGGCUGACACCAAGGACCAGGUGAUGCAGAAUUACUUCUCAUAUCCAUUGGUCAUACAAGCGCACUUGCAUGACGAUCACAUCAGCCUGGUCUUGAUCUACAACUCUAUGGCCCUUCCGGAAGCCCAACUGUUUGCCCUGUCGCAGCAGUUCAAGCACGUCGUGGAGCAGCUAGUAUUGGAACCUCAGCUUAGUCUCGGUUCUCUGUCUAUUGCCUCCGGCUGGGACGUUGCACAAUCUCUCAAAUUUAAUGCCGAAAUCCCAGAGAUUGUCGACUCUUGUGUCCAUCAGCUCAUCGAAAGGCAAGCUGAGAUCCGCCCUGACGCAAUGGCAAUAAGGGCCUGGGACGCCGAAUUGACGUAUCGAGAAUUCAACCGUGCUGCAAAUCGUCUUGCCAACUAUCUAACGGCAUCCUACGACAUCAAGCCGGAUGAGCUGAUCCAUGUCUGCUUCGAGAAGUCCGCUUGGUUCUUUGUGUCUAUCCUGGCCAUCAACAAGUCGGGUGCCGCAUGGGUGCCCCUCGACCCAUCUCACCCAGAGCAGCGACUUCGACAAGUUGUGUCUCAAACGCGAGCCAGGAUAGCACUUACUUCACCUUCGAACCGUGACCUGGUUACCGGCUUGGUUGACUCUGUUGUUACUGUGGACUCUCAGCUCGAUGUGCAACUGUCAAAGGUUGACGAGCACAGCCAAAAGGGCCCGGAAACAGCCGUGUCGUCAGACAACGCCGUUUAUGUUCUCUUCACAUCUGGAUCAACUGGUACACCCAAGGGCCUUGUUAUGCAGCACGGCUCGGUGUGUACGUCUCAGACGGCUAUUGUCAAGCGGCUAGGCCUAACCCCUGACGUCCGCAUGUUGCAAUUUGCUGCCUUUGUAUUUGACCUUUCUAUCGGAGAGAUCAUUGCACCCCUUAUCACAGGCGCCUGUCUGUGUAUACCGUCGGACCAUACGAGGAUGAAUGGCCUUACACAGUAUAUCAGGGAUACGGGCAUCAAUUGGGCGUUCCUUACACCCUCAUUCAUCCGGACAAUCAACCCUGCCGAGGUUCCCGGCCUGGAACUCGUCUUACUAGCUGGCGAGGCCGUCCCGCGGGACGUCUUGACUACCUGGUUUGGCAAGGUCCGUUUGGUCAAUGGCUGGGGGCCUGCCGAGACGUGUGUGUUUUCAACACUCCACGAGUGGCAAUCAGUUAACGAGUCACCCCUUACGGUUGGUAGGCCUGUCGGUGGUUUCUGCUGGGUUGUUGAUCCCGAAGAUCCUCAUCGCCUAGCUCCGACCGGAACGCUUGGAGAAGUCGUCAUACAGGGUCCGACGUUGCUACGAGAGUAUCUCUCUGAUCCUGAACGAACACAGGCCUCUACAGUGUAUGACCUUCCCAAGUGGGCACCUCGCCCCGACUCCAGACACUGGAACAAGUUCUACAAGUCCGGUGAUUUGUGCUAUUACAACCAGGACGGCACAAUCGAAUUUUCGACUCGUAAAGACACUCAAAUCAAAAUCCGUGGCUUACGGGUAGAGCUUGGAGAGGUCCAGCACCAUAUCCAACAGGCACUGCCUUCGGCCAGGCAGGUCGCCGUGGACGUGUACAGGGGCGAAAACGGUACGAACCUGGUCGCCUAUCUGUGCUUCAGCGAUGACACCCGCACGGCUGGCAUCAGCGGCGGUGCAUCUGACGGCCCAUUCUUGCCGCUCAGCGAAGAUUUGCAGUCGACGUUGGCGGCCGUUGUUGGGCAGCUCAGCAUCUCGUUGCCCCGGUAUAUGAUUCCGACCAUGUUCAUCCCCUGCAGCUACAUGCCCUUCAUCACCUCAACAAAGCUUGACCGUAAUGAGCUGAAGAAGCUCACAAGCUCACUGGACAAGGCCCAGAUCGCCCAGUACUCACUCCUUGGCGGCAAGAAACGCUCGCCAGAAACGCCAAUGGAAGUGUUCCUGCAGAAGCUUUGGUCCGAGCUACUUGGUGUGCCGGUUGAGUCCAUCGGUCGUGAUGAUAGCUUCCUGGGGCUUGGUGGUGAUUCCAUUACUGCCAUCCACAUGGUCAGCGCUGCCAGAGAAUCCGGCGUCUCGCUUGCAGUCAAGGAAAUCUUUGACGAUCCGCGCUUAUCGGCCGUUGCAAGCAAGGCUCGCGAGAUUGAGCAAGAUGAGCAGACUUCACUCGUCGACGCUACUCCCUUCUAUCUGGUAGACGAAUCUAUCCGCCAGCUGGCCAUUGGCGAUGAAGUUCGACAACUCUGUGACCUGACAAACAACGAAGAAGUCGAAGAUGCCUAUCCGGUAACCAUGUUCCAGGAGGGCCUCAUGGCUCUGUCAGCGAAGCAGCCGGGCUCCUACAUUGCCAAGUAUGCCUAUAGAUUGUCUGAGCACGUUGAUGUUGCUCGCUUCAAGGCCGCUUGGGAGACUACUGUUUCAUUGUGCCCGACUCUGCGCACCCGACUCGUCCUUCUGAAUGGCAAAUGCACGCAGGUAGUCGUCAAGGGGGAAACCGGGUGGCAGUCUCAGGAACACACGGAUGUUCACGCUGCUAUUCAAGACGCUCAGACGGCUGAAAUGACCUACGGCUCUCAUCUUUCUCAAGCUAUCAUGGUCAACGAUGCAAGCAACGGAAACAACUACUUCAUCUGGACAGUUCACCAUGCGGUUCACGAUGGCUGGACGGUCCGUCUCAUCAUGACCACUUUGCAGAAUGCCUAUAACAACCUCGAGGUACCUGAUCUGAAACCGUAUUCCGGCUUCAUUCAGUACCUGGGAUCUAUCAAGGCUGAUGACACCAUCAACUUCUGGACUCAGCAGCUACAAGGUGCCAGCAAGGCGUCUUAUCCGCCAUCCAAGCCAGCAUCCGCACCUGAGUCGGUCACUCGACUCAUCACCAAGACAAUCCAAGCCAGCUCCUCGGCCAAUGCUGCCAUCACAAAGGCCACCAUCAUGCGGGCGACCUGGGCUAUACUGUUAGCCCGCUACUGCGAUACCGACGAUGUCACUUUAGGUACGUCCAUCUCUGGCCGACAGGCUCCAGUGUCUGGCCUCAUGGACAUGCCCGGCCCUGUGGUUGCGACUGUUCCCGUACGAGUCCGUCUGGACCGAAGUCAGACAAUCAGCAAGUACCUCCAGGCCAUCCAGAGUCAGGCCCACGAGAUGGUGCCAUACGAGCAGUAUGGCUUGACAAACAUUGGCAAGAUCAACUCUGACUUCAGAGAUGUCUGUGACUUUACGAGCUUGCUGGUUGUUCAGCCUCGAACGCACUUGGAUUCUCGAAGCAAGGGCACGUCUACUGAGUCUGACGCUUCGUCGGCCGCUCUGCUUCUGCCUGCCAAUGUCGAAGGCGGUUCGGUCGAGGACUUGAUGCAAGGUUACUUUUCGUAUCCCCUUGUUAUACAAGGCCACCUGAUGAGUGACUCCAUUGAGCUGGUCAUUACCUAUGACUCUUCCGUCCUCUCCGAGGCAUCCAUGGAAGCCAUGUGUCAUCAGUUUGAGCAUGUGGCUUCGCAACUCUUUGCGGACGAGGGACGUACAUUGGGCGACUUGACGGUUGCUUCCUCCUGGGAUCUCGAACGCGCGAGAGCCUUUAACUCUGAAGCCCCAAUGGUCAUGGAUACUUGCAUCCAUCACCUCAUUGAAGCUCAAGUCAGAAAAACUCCUGAUCUGCCAGCGGUCUGGGCCUGGGAUGGGCAGUUGACCUACCGCCAGCUUAACGAAGCGGCCAACCGGUUAGCCCACUAUCUCAUCAACGAGCACAAUGUCCAGGUUGAAGAUCUUGUCCACGUCUGCUUCGAAAAAUCUGUUUGGCACUGGGUCUCUGUGCUUGCCAUCAACAAGGCUGGGGCCGUAUGGGUUCCUCUGGACCCAUCACACCCUGAGCAGCGCCUUCGCCAGGUUGCCUCUCAGACUCAGUCCACGCUGGCUCUGACAUCGGAUACUACGAAGAGCCUCCUGUCUCAUAUUAUUGAUCGGGUGGUCGAAGUCUCUCCUGCAUUGUUCGAGCAGAUUGAUGUCCGACUCGGUGAAAAGGAGCCUCAGGUCUCGGUCUCAGCCAGCAAUGCUGCGUACAUUCUCUUCACCUCUGGAUCCACGGGUACGCCCAAGGGUCUGGUCAUGACACACGGUGCUUUGACAACCAGUCAGACCGCCAUCAAGAAGCGAAUGGGCACCGGCACUCAUACCAGAGCCCUCCAGUUUGCUUCGUACGUGUUUGACAUGUCUGUCGGCGAAGGCUUCGUACAGCUUAUUUCUGGCGCCUGCAUUUUCAUUCCAUCGGAGCACACCAGAAUGAAUGGCCUGAAGCAGUUCAUCACCGAACACAGAAUCAACUCUCUGUGGCUGACCCCGUCCUUUAUCCGGACUCUCAGUCCAGAGCAAGUGCCAACGGUUGACUUUGUGUUCUUGGCUGGUGAAGCUAUUCCACGCGACGUGUUCACCACUUGGUGUACCAAGGUCCGCUUGUGGAACGGUUGGGGCCCUGCUGAGACUUGCGUCGUCAGCUCCUUGCACGAGUUUACAAGCCUUGAUGAGUCGCCAUUGACAAUUGGUCGUCCUAUUGGAGGGUACUGCUGGAUUGUUGACCCUACGGACCAUACGAAGCUUGCCCCUAUCGGCACAAUGGGCGAGGUCGUCAUCCAAAGUCCCACGAUUCUGAGGGAAUACCUUGCCGACGUCGAGCGCACCAAGGCCUCUACGGUAUAUGAGCUACCUGAGUGGGCGCCAUACCGAGACCAGGCUCCUUGGUCACGAUUCUUCAAGUCCGGCGAUCUGGCGUCAUAUAACCCUGACGGUACACUCGAAUUCGCUAGCCGAAAGGAUACCCAAGUCAAGAUUCGCGGUCUGCGUGUUGAGCUUGGAGAAAUCGAGCAUCACGUCCGCAGCAGCCUCACAGACGCUCGUCAAGUUGCUGUUGAUGUUUUCAGGACCGAUGCCGGCACAAGACUCAUUGCGUACUUCUGCUACUCUGAUGUGACGCGCACUGCCGGCAAUUCUCAGCCGGAUAACGAUGACAUCUUCCUGCCUGUGACGGAAGACCUUCAGAGACAGCUCACCAGCAUGGUCAGCCAGCUGCAUGUCACGCUGCCUCGGUACAUGGUGCCCUCGCUCUUCAUUCCAUGCCGUUACAUGCCUUUCAUUACGUCCACCAAGCUUGACAGGAACCGGUUGAAGAAGCUUGUUUCCGAGCUCAGCCAAGAAGACCAUGCGGCGUACUCGUUAAGCAACGGCGUCAAGCGCAUGCCUGACACUGAGAUGGAGGCCCGUAUGCAGGAGCUUUGGUCCGUCGUGUUGCACAUGCCCAAGGAAGAGAUUGGCUGCGAUGAAAGCUUCCUGCAAAUCGGUGGUGAUUCUAUUACUGCCAUCCAGCUCGUUACCAACGCUCGUGAGGCUGGUAUCUCAAUUGCUGUCAAGGAUAUCUUUGACGACCCUCGCCUUUCGAAGCUUGCCCUGGUGGCUGCAGCCAACUCUGAUCAGAGCAAUGCGUCCACGAUAGUCGAACCCUUCAGCCUCCUGGGAGACUCCCUUACUAAGGAACUGGUCACAGAAGCUGCCAAGGAGCAAUGCAACCUCGCCGGGGAUGACCUGCUUGAUGAUGCCUAUCCUUGCACAAAGCUACAGGAAGGUCUCAUGGCCCUUGCAAUCAAGCAACCCGGAUCUUACAUUGCCAAGUAUGUGUAUCAAAUUCCCGACCACGUCGAUGUUUCCAGAUUCCGCAAGGCCUGGGAGCGUACCGUCCAGAGCUGUGCCAACCUUCGCACACGCAUGGUGCUUGUCAACGGCAUUACCGUCCAAGUUCUGCUGAAGGACGACAUUGAGUGGGAUAACACCGACGAUACUUCGCUCGAGACUUAUGCUCGCUCAACGCUCCACAUAGAGAUGGGUUUUGCCCAGCGUCUGUGUCGCUAUGCCCUCAUUGAAGAAGAGACUGGUAACUACUUUGCUUUCAGCAUCCAUCAUACCAUCUUUGAUGGUUGGUCUCUUCCGCUGGUGAUGGGUACCUUGUCUGCGGCCUACUACGAUCUUGAGCUUCCUUCUCUGCAGUCAUAUGCAGCAUUCGUCAAGUACACCAUGGAACUCGAUCACGGCGUCGCUUCCGACUACUGGGAGAAGCAGCUCAAGGGUGCCAAACGCGCAAGUUUCCCGGCGCCGAGCGAUAAGUCAGGGUCUUCUCAGACGCGUGUGGCGAACAAGACCAUUGGCUUCCCCAAGUCAAAGACGUCCAUCACAAAGGCCUCUAUUCUGCGCGCCGCUUGGGCCAUCGUAUUGGCCCGCUACUCUGACAGUGAUGAUGUCUGCUUCGGCACCACAGUCUCUGGUCGCAAUGCCAAUGUGGCUGGUCUUGAGGCUAUGCCUGGUCUUGUGGUCGCCACCGUUCCUGUUCGUAUUCAUGUUGACAAGCAGAAGCCUCUUUCUGGAUUCCUGCAAGAUGUUCAGAAGCAGGCCAAUGACAUGGUUGAUUUCGAACAAUUUGGUAUCCAGAAUAUCUCCAGACUUGGCUCCGACGCAAAGGACGCUUGCGACUUCACCUCUCUCCUGGCUAUCCAACCUGUCCAGCAUAUGAGUGCAGACAGCGGCAAUCCUGCUGACCAGGGUGCUAUUGUCAUUCCCGCUGCCUCGCCCCAUGUUAAUGCUGAGGACAUGCUGCAGAACUAUUUCUCUUACCCCUUGGUUAUUCAGUGCCACCUCAUGGAUGACCAUGUGAAUCUGGUCCUCGUCUACGACACUGAUGUCCUUGAAGAGACACAGCUGAACGCGCUCAUGCAGCAGUUCGACCAUGUUGUCCAGCAACUGAGUGCCCAGGGUAAUGAGCCAUUGGGCGACGUCAGUAUCUCAGGGCCUUGGGAUCUUGAACAAGCUCUGCAGCUGAAUAGCAGGAAACCCGACUUUGUCCACACUUGUCUUCACGACAUCUUCUCAAAGCAUGCGCUGAGUUCUCCUCACCACGAGGCUAUUUACUCGUCCGAAGGCAGCCUUACCUAUGGUGAACUUGACCACCUGACCGAUAUCCUCGCCACGCAUCUGAGCUCUCUAGGUGCCGGCCCCGAGACAGUGGUGCCCUUCUGCUUCGAGAAAUCGAUGUGGGCGGUGGUUGCCAUCCUAGCAAUUCUUAAGGCUGGCGCCGCGUUUGUGCCCCUUGAUCCUUCGCAUCCAACCAGCCGUCGCGAGGCUUUGGUCAAGGAAGUCAGUGCUCGCGUGCUUGUGGCUUCUUCUAGCGCUAUCGCCUCAUGCAAAGGAAUGUUUGAGCACGUUGUUGAGCUGUCACCCAGUGUUAUGGCUAAGCUGGCCGCUUCUGUAACGCCUAGGAUCCUGCCAAAGGUUGGACCGAGGAACACGGCAUAUGUCCUGUUCACCUCCGGUUCGACGGGCAAGCCCAAGGGCGUUGUUAUGCAGCAUGGCUCAUUCAGCUCUACUACUAUUGGAUAUGGCAAGGUGUAUAACCUGUCACCGUUGUCGAGAGUGUUCCAGUUCUCCAACUAUAUCUUUGAUGGUAGCUUGGGCGAGAUCUUUGGUCCGUUGGCCUUUGGUGGAACAAUCUGCAUCCCCAGUGAGGACGAACGCCUCGGUAGUGCCCCUGCCUUCAUGAGCACGUCAAAGGUCAACACAGCCAUGUUGACCCCGUCCUUUGUGCGAACCUUUACGCCUGACCAGGUGCCGCAUCUGACGACCCUUGUUCUUGGCGGCGAAGCUGCUUCCAAGAGCACCUUGGAGAUGUGGGUUAACCGCGUCACUUUGUACAACGGAUACGGACCAGCUGAAGCUUGCAACUACGCGACUACACACGUCUUCAAGUCAAGUUCCGAGUCUCCUCGUAUCAUCGGAUCCGGAUUCAACGGUGCUUGUUGGGUCGUUGAACCUGAUAACCACAACAUCCUUGCCCCUAUAGGUUGCACAGGAGAGCUGGUUCUGCAAGGCCACGCUCUGGCUCGCGGCUAUCUCAAUGACAAGGCGAAGACAGAGCAAUCGUUUGUUAGCGACAUUAGUUCUCUUCCAUCAUCUUCGCUGCAUGAGCCUAAGCGAUUCUACCUCACAGGAGACUUGGUCCGCUACAAUUCAAACGGUAAGCUCGAAUACCUGGGACGAAAGGACUCUCAGGUCAAAUUGCGUGGUCAGCGUCUAGAACUGGGUGAAAUCGAAUACAACAUCACUCAGUCACUCAAGAGCGUGCGAGACGUCGCUGUUGAUGUCAUUCACAAAGACACCGGUGACUUGCUAGUCGCGUUCAUUUCGUUCUCUGGCAACGCGGACGCUCAGUGGGAUUCGGAUAACCUGCUUCUGAACCUCCUUGCUGCUGAUGAGUCCAUGAGAUCCCUGCUUGAUGGUUUGAGAGAGGGCUUGAAGGCCUCUCUACCAGGCUACAUGGCUGUGCUCCCCGCUUUCAUGAUGCCCAGUCUUGUCUUGCCGGUCCGAAACAUGCCCUUCAUCACAUCGAUGAAGCUCGACAGGAAACAACUGCGAACUCUCGCAAGCUCUCUGUCUCCUGAGGAGCUCGCCACUUUUGCUCCCAGCAAGGCAGACAAGGUUGAGCCGACCACUGACAUGGAACUCAAGCUGCGCGACCUUUGGGCCCAGAUCCUUGGGAUCCCGGCGGAAGAGAUUGGCAAGAACGAUAGCUUCCUACAAAUCGGAGGUGACUCCAUCUCAGCCAUCCACUUGGUGACUCUGGCUCAAGAAACGGGCAUCUCACUCACCGUGGCCACCAUCUUUGCCGACCCGAGACUGUCCUCAGUUGCUGCAUCGGCCCAUCUCGGCGGUAUCAGUGAUGCCUACGAGGCUGAGCCCUUCAGUCUGAUCCAGCAUUCUGAGAGCGAUGCCAUCACUCGUGAGAUUGAGCAGCAGUGCAAACUCUCUGCUGGCCAGUCGAUCGAGGAUGCUUACCCAACAACCAAGCUGCAGGAAGGUCUCAUGGCCUUGUCCGUCAAGCAGCCCGGCUCUUACACAGCUCGCUACGUGUACCGCCUUCCUGAUCACGUCGAUGUUGAGCGAUUCAAGGCGGCUUGGGACAAGACAGUUGAGGUUUGCCACAACCUUCGAACAUCCAUUGUUCUUGUUGGCUACACCGCUAUCCAAGCCGUCAUCAAGGACACUUCAAGGUCGCUGUGGGAGCCUGCCACGGGCGUUUCGCUGCAGUCCUACAUGAAGAAGGCGAUUGGAUCCUUCAACAUGGGCUAUGGCUCUCGUCUCUGCCGCUAUGCUCUGAUUGAAGAUGGCGGCAGCACUUAUUUCGCCUGGCACAUUCACCACUCGGUGUAUGACGGUUGGACGCACCCGCUCAUCAUGGGCUCGCUCUACGCCGCUUACUUUGGCACCGAAAUGCCUCCUCUACGGCCUUUCGCCCGCUUCGUAAAAUACACGACGAGCAUCGACCAACACGAGGCCGCAGAGUACUGGAGACGCCAACUUCACGACGCCAGGCCGGCUUCGUUCCCUGCCGUUGACCAGCAGUUGACUGCUUCGAAGAGCAAGGCUGAUGUGACCCGAAUCUUGAGAAAGGCUGUCGACUUCCCUCGCCUGACCAACUCAUCCAUCACCAAGGCCACAAUCAUGAGGGCAGCUUGGUCUAUUGUCUUGGCUCAAUACUGCGGUGUUGACGACGUGUGCUUCGGGACUACACUCUCGGGCCGUCACGCACCAGUUCCAGGAUUGGAUUCUAUGCCUGGUCCUAUGCUUGCUACCGUUCCUGUCCGAAUCCGUUUGGCUCAAGAUCAGCCAGCAUCGCGGUUCCUGCAAGACGUCCAGAUUCAGGCCGCAGAGAUGGUUGCCUAUGAGCAGUUUGGCCUCCAGAAUAUCGCAGCUCUAAGCCCUGACGCCAAACAAGCAUGCGACUUUUCGAGCUUGCUGGUCAUCCAACCUGCCCAACAGCAGAUUUCCGACGACAAGGCCGUGUCUGAAACGGACAUGAUCCUAUUGCCCGGCGACUCUGAAAACUCUGCUGAAGAAUCGAUGCAGAACUUUGCCAAUUAUCCCUUGGUCCUUCAAAUUGCCAUCAUGGACAGCCAUGUCGAGCUGCUGCUGAUUUACGACACCAAUGCUCUGACCGAAUUCCAGGCUACAGCCAUUUCUGAGCAGUUUGGCAACGUUGCAAGACAACUCGUUGCCCAAGAUGAGACUUUGAUUGGUGAUGUCAAGGUAGCUGGUUCAUGGGACCUGCAGAAGCAGCUGGAAUGGAACCACGAAAUCUAUGGUCCUUCAGAAACCACUCUGCACGAUCUCUUCUCGAAGCAAGUUGCUCGCAGACCUGCUCACCAAGCUUUGUACAGCAGCGAAGGAAGCAUGACAUACAGCAAGCUGGAUCGACUGACAACUCAGCUUGCAGUCUACCUCAGCAGUCUUGGUGUUCGACCCGAAACCAUCGUGCCUUUCUGCUUCGACAAGUCCAUCUGGGCCAUUGUCGCGAUGAUUGGUAUUCUCAAGGCCGGUGGUGUUUUCAUGCCCUUGGACCCGUCCUACCCAGCAAGCCGCCGCCAGGCCUUGAUAGACGAGGUCAACGCCCAGUUCAUGAUUGUGUCACCCACAACCGCCCCUGACUCUCAAGGCAUGGUUCAAAACAUGAUUGAGCUCUCGCCAUCUCUGAUUGCCUUCUUCUCUACAAUCGACACCGGCGACCAAUCGUUUAUCAAGUCAGGUCCCAACAAUGCCGCCUAUGUCUUGUUUACAUCAGGUUCAACUGGCAAGCCAAAGGGCGUCGUCAUUGACCACAAGGCCAUUUCCGCAGCCCUCCUCCGACAACGCGAGGCCUUUUCAUUCAACGACGACACAAGGACGCUGCAAUUCGCCAACUUCGUCUUCGACGCUUGUAUCGCCGAGAUCUUCUCCGCGCUGGUGGCCGGUGCUACCGUUUGCGUGCCCACAGAGCACGAACGUGUUCACAACACUGCAGCUUUCAUCCGUGAGGCUCGCAUCAACCACGCCUUCCUGACUCCGACCUUUAUCAAGACUCUCUCUCCGGAGCAGAUUCCCGGUAUGAAGACUGUCAUUCUUAUGGGUGAAGCGCCCUCUCAAGAAAUCAUCGACACCUGGGCCGACGAGAUCGACCUUCACAACGGCUAUGGCCCAGCAGAGGGCUGCGUUGGUUCGACCAACAACACGUAUUCGUCGUCGAUCAAGGUAUCAGUCACCAACGUGGGUCGUAGCUUUACCCACGGACUCUGGAUUGUCGACCCUGAUAACCACAACCGCCUCAUGCCCAUCGGCUGCGUUGGUGAGUUGCUGCUCCAGGGUUCGUCUCUGGCACGCGGCUACAUCAACGACGAGGAAAAGUCAAGACAGUCUUUCAUCGAUCAAGUCGAGUGGCUACCAGCGAAUGUCAAUGUUGGUGAACGCCGCUUCUACAAGACUGGUGACUUGGUUCGCUACACUCCAGAUGGAUCGAUCGAGUACGUCAGCCGAAAGGACACGCAAGUCAAGAUCCGCGGCCAGCGUAUCGAGCUUGGCGAGAUCGAAUACCACGUCAAACGCUCCAACGCUUCUAUUGAGCACGUUGUUGUCGACAUUACUCGACAGGCCGGCCGCGAGUCUCUUCUCGCCUUUGUGUGCUUCAGCUCGCAUCAAGAGACGGAGAGUGCUUCCAAGGAGACUCGCCUCACGGAGCUCACCAGCGAACUCCGCGAGACGCUGUCUGACAUUGCUACAACUAUCGCAUCGACGCUCCCUAGCCACAUGGUGCCCAAGUAUCUCAUCCCUGUCGACCACAUGCCUCACAACGCUGCCGGCAAGUUAGACCGAAAGAUGCUUCUCGCAUCCAUUGCCAACCUUACGCCGGAUGAUCUUUCGAAAUACCUCGCUGGCCAGCGUCUGCCCUUCCGUGACUGCUCUACCGACGUCGAGUUCUGGCUCCGUAACCAGUGGGCGUCUACGCUUGAUCUUCCUGCAGAGACCAUCGGAAUGGAUGACAACUUCUACAGUCUGGGCGGUGAUUCUAUCCGCAUUGUCACCAUUUCCAAGGCUAUCCUUAGCCAGUAUGAUGUCUCACUCGGCAUGUCCCUUCUCAACUCGAAGCAUACCACGAUUGCAAACAUGGCCAAGCACAUCGACAGCGAACGCAGUGGGCAAGACGGCGCAGAACUUGGAGUCGUCGAUAUCAACGGCGAGAUCUCAUCUCUCUCACGCUCGAUCCUGGCUUCUGGUGAUCUUAACGUCGUUUCCCACUCUAAGACUGAGCUGCCUGAGCAGGCCACCGUCUUUUUGACUGGUGCCACUGGCUUCCUCGGUCAAGAACUCCUCAGACAACUUCUCUGCAACGACUCCAUUGCCUCCAUCAUCGCCCUGGUACGAUCCAAGUCUGCCAACCACGGAAUGGACCGUCUCCGCGACACUGCGAAGAUUGCAGGCUGGUGGCGCGAAGAGUACACAAGCAAGAUUGAGAUUUGGUGUGGUGAUCUGAGCAAGAAGCGCAUGGGCCUGAGCAGUUCGCAAUGGGCUCGCCUGGCCGGCCAGUCCAGCAACAACAACGUCGAUGCCAUCAUCCACAACGGUGCCAUCGUCAACUGGAACGCCGACUACGACAAGAUGCGUGCCGCCAACGUUGAUUCCACGGUGGAUCUCCUCAAGGCUACCGUCACCUCGCCCGCUUCCCCCAAGUUCGUCUUCGUCUCCGGCGGCAUCAAGUCUGAUCCCACCACCGACCGCACAGCUCUGGGCCAGUAUCUCAACAACUCGACUGGCUACAUCCAGACCAAGUUCGUCUCCGAGGGCAUCAUCCAGGAGGUCAUCAAGACCCUCCCGGCUGACCAGAACCGCAUUUCCACUCUCAAGCCCGGCCGCAUCAUCGGAUCUCCUGAAACUGGUGUGGCCAACGUGGACGAUGUGCUGUGGCGAAUUGUUUCCGCCGCCGCUUCUCUUGGAGUCUAUCCUGCCGAGCCCGAGGACCAUUGGGUCUACAUCUCCGACGUUGACACUGUGGCAUCAUCCGUGCUCAGCCAACUUUACAGCAAGCAGGGCAUCGCUCCCUACGUCAGUGCCACGGGCGGCAUGCCGGCAACAGUCUUCUGGGAUCUCAUCAACAAGGAGCUGGACGUCCCCUGCGAGCCUCUUUCUCAAGAUGAAUGGACUCACCGUGCGUUGGAGUCGAUGAAUCAAGUCGGCGACAAGCAUCCUCUGUGGCCUGUGCAGCACUUCCUUGGCAACCUUGGCACUCCUCGAUCUGCUCAAGACAUUGAGAUCGAAGGCAGUGAGCACAAGCAGUGGCACAUGGCUGUAAAGAUGAGCAUGCGCUACCUUAUGAAGGUCGGCUUCAUUCAGACGUCCACUGAUGGCUUUGCUCAGCCUCGUCGGGCGGACACUUUCCAGCGCCAUGGCUGA